GAAAAUGAAAAUAAGCUAAGACAAACUAACAGGACAUCUUAAAUUUCUUUGCCUAAUAUCUCGUCGGAAAGACUUUGAUAAAAUGCUGGAACCUAUUUUGGUAAUGUGUUUAAAAAAAGAGAAAGUAUUCCAACCCGCCAACUAAUCGGUGACCAUGUCAAGGGUAAGGAAAUCUGCAGUUGUUUUGAACACUUGACUUGCUACAGUUACAGGCUACGUCUACUAGUCAACUACUCACCCAGACUCUACUCACUGCUCACUCACUACUCACUGAAUCUGAGUCUGACUACUGGCUCUACUCACUGUACUGUAGUCUAGCUGUAGUAUUAGUUGUAAAGUAGACGUAAUAUACUGCACCAUUGCAAUGAGUUUGACUUUUGAGAGUUAACGGUCUACUCACACUUCACAGAGACUCUAAUUGACUAAUACUAUAAUUAUAAUAGUUACUAUAACUAUAACAAUGACAAUGACUAUAACUGUUAUAGUUAUACCUACAUAAUUUAAUAAAUUACAAGAAAGACAAUUGGCAUUGACUACAUGGUCUUUAGUAAACAUAACUGUGUUGCUGCAGCUUUGAUGACAGCUAUCACUUAUGAUUAUGACUAUGGACAUGGACCAGAACUAUGGAUCAUAGUCCCAUCUCAUCGUCAUCAGUGUAUGAAGUAUGGCUACACUAAGCUAGGUACUUUGACACACAUUUUAAAUAUUGUCCAAUAGCCACAAAUGAUACACCAUUUUAAAGGGCUCGCUAUAAGCUUUGCAAAAACACCAAUUUCAUCUUUCUAUCUUUUAUGGAAAAAAAGUUAUGAUUUUUUUGGUGAAUUUUUUAACCCCUUUAUUUAUCUUUGUAUUUAACGAAAAAACUUGUGACCAACUUUCCACAUUUCUGCUUUAUUUUGUCCACAACUUUUUUAUUUUAAAAGAUAAUGCUACCAAACUUUCAGGAGACAUUCUCAAUGCAAUAUACAACACAAUAAACAACAAAACUUUUAUAUAACAUCAAGACUUUUAUUUUUUUAUAUAUUUAAUCGAGGGUAUGUUCAGAAAAAAGUGAACAGAAAAAUUGGGAAAAUCAUUAUUUAUACAGGAAAAAUUGAAAAAAAUAACAUGUUUAUUGAAUUUUAACUAAUUUUAUUAUGCUUGUGUUAAAUUUUAAAUCAUUAUAUUUAUAAAAAGGUAAGUAGUCUUUUUUUAUAUAUAAAAUUGAACGCAUGUAAUUAUAUAUAACAAAUACUAAUAUCACCCAUAAAACUAAUUACAAGCAUACCCUUAUCGGAGUAUGUCAUUAAAUAUUUAAAAGGUAAUGGGGAUCUUCUGCCUGCCAUUUUCCGGGUAGAAUGCCCUAUAGUGACUUCUUUGUCUUGUUGAUGAAACCCACACAUUUUUCCUUCAUAAACUUUGUCGCCGCCAUCUGCAUCCAAACAUUCCGCCUUAUUGGAUAUGGGCCAUGGAAGGAAUUCCAAAGUUUGCAACAGAAAUGUAAAAUUUUCUCUUCCACCCAAAAGAAGCCUAACAUUAAAUACUAAUCAUAAUUCUGAAUCUAUACAAUUUUUAGUUUCUUUUUAAUAUUAUUCAAGUGAUGUUUUUAUUAAAUUUAUUUCCUUUUUUUGUUUUGUUUAUUUAAUUAGAAAUAUAUUAUUGUUGAUAUAAAUGUUAACAUUUUCUUAUGCCUCUGUCCUAGUUUGAUAUAAUUACUAUGAUGAUGUAGAGUCUUAUUUAUUUAUUUAUUUUAAUAAACUUGUUAUAGACUAAUUCAUAGGUUAUCUAAUUUUAAUUUUAAACAAGUCACAGUGACUCAGUGACGCAAUUUUCACAAAAAAUAAAUAUGUACGAAAAAAAAAAUAAUUAUGCAUUACCAUAUUUUAUUGGAAUUACAAUUGAUAAUAGUAUAUUUUUAAUAGUGGUAGCAACUGCUUUUAUUUUGUUAUUAUCAUUAAUUAUAAUUUAUAAAUACCACUAAUAACUAGCAUUAUAUAUUAUAGUAGUAGUAUUACUACUACUACAUAUAAUAAUUAUAUAAAUCAAGGGACAAAACAAGUCCGAAAUUCACCGGACUACACGAACUACAAUUAUUUAAAAUUAUUUAAUUUAUUAAGUUGUACUACUUUCUAAUAAUAUUGUAAAACAGUUUUCCCUUUAUUAACUAAUUAGUCUACCACGGAUUAUCAAAGAUGAACUAUAAUGAAUAAAUGAAAAUAUCUUUAAGUUAAAUUGGUAAUAACAACCAUUUCCGACAACCCACUUUUUUUUGUGAGGGGGGAUGACUCGGGUGACUACUAACAAUUUUAUUUUCUUACACCUUCCAGUUGGAUCGGCAUAACUUUUGUGCGUUUGGGCUAAUUUUAAUGAAGUAAAGUUAUUAAACUGUGUGAAUGAAUGAAGCAGUAUUGAGCUAAACCACUAUGUGUUUGAGUUUUACAUUAAAAAGUAAUAAGCAAUUAACGUGCAUACCGAUGAAAAAUUAAAUGCGUUACCGGUCACAAGAUUCUAAAUGCUGCAAAUAUGGUAUUCACAUGUUUGGAAAAAUAUGUGCUCUACGUCACCGAUAAUUUAAAUACUAUUAUUAGGAAACAGUGACGUACAACGCAAAAAAACGACACCCUCGCUAUGCCGUAUAGCUAUAUUGCAGCUCAAGUUUUUUCGUGAUUUUUCGACUGCGCAGAAGGGAUGCGCGUGCGUCUUUUAAAAUACCUAACUAAGCAAUUAUAUUAUAAUAAUUAUAAAUAAUAAUUGAUAGGGAAUAACAAAUAACUGACAUAAAAAGUGUCAUAAGACUAAGAAAAGAGGACAGCUAAUAAUAUAGGUAUAUGCCUAAAUGCCUACCUUAGACUUCAUGAAGUAUCUACAUGUCCGGCAACCGGAUGAAUAAUUCUCGAGAUAUUCGUCCGGCAACCAGGUCACAUGACCGCCGAAACAAAGUUGGACGAGAUAUCUGUCCAUCAGCCUGUGCGUCGGAGAUGCAUGAGGGGGCGACGAAUAUACACUUCAUUUCAAGAAAUAAGUAGGGGGGGGGGUUGGAGCAAUGCAUACUAGAAGGAAGAAAUACUGAGAGCGAGAGAGAAAGGAUAAAAAUGAUAGUGAGGAUGAUAAAUAAUUAAGGCGGGGAAGUCGAAAGUUCACAAAGAAAUAGACCCUAUAUCUUAAUAUAGGGCCAAUGUAUUGUGGUGUUGGGGCAGCCUACGUCUCACACAAUGUUAAUAGCCUAAAAUAAAACUUUUUGACAGUAUAUCUUUUGACUGUCACCUGGCAAGUAUUGGUCUUAUUUUCUUUGGUUCAUAUUUUAAAUCUAGGCUACUAAGGAGAGUGACCUCUUGUCACAUGACAUGUCUGCCGGAAAAUAUCUCCAGCACUAUUUGUCUGGACGUGUAGAUACUGCCUAGACUGCCUUAAUAUAUAUACUAAACUAAUCAUACCCUUUUAAUACGGUAUGCCAGUAUGAUUGUAUGAUUUUCACUGUCUGAUAAGUGCCUACACUCAACGGUUUAGAAAAAAGAGUUGGGUAGUAAUACCUUAAUCACAAUUAAUUAUUUAUUAUUUUCAGUGAAAUAAAUUACCCACUUGUCACCUUCUGGGCUUUGGUCAUUGAUCCUAAGUGGCCUUUGCAAGGAGUAGGACAUAGUUUUGAGAAGACAAAAACAAAAAAGGAAUAAAUGAAAAAAGCAUGGAUUCUGUUACUGUUAUAAUUAUAAUUUUUAUUUGUAAACUCCUAUCAGGCAAAAUUAUAUCCAAUAUGUAAUAUUAAUAAUGUAGAAUUAGAUAUCCAUUAAUUAAUAUUAUGAUCAUAAGGCCUACAAGCUUCAAUUCAGGUCCAGAUUAAUCAUUGAGAAAUUUAAGCAGACGCUGGGGAUCAGAAGAAAUUGUACUCAUAGAAUUAGAAAAAAAAUCUAGAUUAAAAUAAAUUCCAUAAAUAGCUAAAUAUUUUAGUACCUAUAAAAUUGGAAAAUGUUUUUGAUACUAUAUGAUUUGCCCAAUGAAAGUGAUCAGUGACUUAUUUCUUGGUCUUUGCACAAGGUUCACAUGUUUUGAUGACAGAGUAGCACUUGCUUCUAUUUCUUGACCCAGUUAUUUUCAUAAUAAUGUUUUACCCUUACUUCUGUAACCUAAAUUAUAGCUCUAUAAUGCUGAUAAAUUAUUAAAUAGUUUACUGCAUAUACUUGUUUAUAAGCCAACAUUUUUUGGGGAAAUAUUUCAGUGGAAUAAGUGGCGUGGUUGACUUAUGAGCGGGUCAUAGGAGAUUUGGAUAAUUUUCUUUAGGUCCAUUUAUUCUACUAUAAAAACAAUGAAAAAAAAAUUAUUUAACUGAAGUCAACAUAUAGGAGUGUGCAAAAUUGGGUCUUACAGUUGUCCUCAUUUUGCUAAUUGAUGUUGUAGAUCUUCGAGGUCCUAUUUCGAGAUACACAACUUCAUCAAUCCGUGAUCACUUCUCAGUUCCCUCAGCUGCUCAGUAUUACACAGAAGACAAUGGAGUCGGUAAAGCACUGGAUGACCAUUAACAAGCUCAAAUUAAAUGAUGAUAAGACUGAGCUGCUCCCCAUUGCGACCGCUCAGAAGCAGAAAUCUGCACAUAACACGACAUCCAUUACUCUCUCAGGUGUGCGUAUUGAGUUAGCUCAAACAGUGCGGUACCUGGGUGUCUACCUAGAUAGAAGACUAACUUUUGAAAGUCAUAUUAACAUGCUAUGCAGGGCGAUUUUUCUGGAGCUGCGCAGGAUUAGUCAAAUCAGGCCCUUCCUAACAAUUGAUACAACAAAGAGGCUGAUGUCUGCAUUUGUGCUAUCGCGCAUGGACUAUUGCAAUGCUCUCAUGGUGGGUCUUCCAGCUACGCUCCUGGAUAAAAUUCAAAUAGCACAGAAUAAUGCGGCUCGCAUAGUUCUCCGCAAACGCAAAUUCGACCAUGCAAAAACACUUCUGAGAGAGUUGCAUUGGCUGCCGGUGCGUGCUCGCAUAGAGUACAAAAUCGCAACUUUGUGCUACCGCUGCUUACAUGACCUGGCGCCGUCCUAUCUGAAAGAGCUGCUGACGCCUUAUGUACCCAGUAGAGAGCUCCGCUCAUCCGAUAGUGGCAAACUCUCGACACCACGUGUUUGCCUUGAGACUUACGGAAAGCGCACUUUCGCAUUUGCUGGUCCAACAAUUUGGAACGCCCUUCCUGUCGAUCUUAGAAACAACCAGACACUGGAGUCCUUUAAAACAGAUCUAAAGACACAUCUAUUUCGCAAAUACCUUCUGGGAUGAUUGUCUACCUUAUUUUCCAUGUGUUGCUGUGUUGCUCCGGGUUGAAAUGGCUAGAAAGACUUUGAUAUUGUAUGCUUGUAAUUAGUUUUUGUAGUGUUGUGUUUGUUUUAAAUGUGGUGAAUUAUAGAUAUGUUUUUUGUUGACUUUGUACCGCGCUUCGAGCCUUUGGGGAUGAAGCGUGUUUUUUUAAAUGAACUUUAUUAUUAUUAUUAUUAUUAUUUUUGGAAAUGUUCAGUAGGGUUACCUUUUAUACCAGUAGACACUCAAAGCGAGUAUCUGUUUUAUUCAUAAUACUUUAUGUUUAUUAGUUUUUUACUCUUUUUACUUACACAAUAAUUAUUUUUAACAGUUUGGAUUAUUUUCCUUAGUAUCAUAUUGCUUCUAUUGGCAUAUUUUUUAAAUGGGUUUGGCUUAUGAGCAGGUUACAAAAAUUUUAGGCUUUACAAUAGGCAUUUCCAAGCUAAAUAUAUAAUAAUAAAUCAGUGAGUAAUUAAUUGGAAUCUGCCGAUUAAGGCAGGCUGAUUAAAUGUAAUUAACCAAUUUGUCUCAUGGUGCAGUUAGCUUCUCAAGACUAUGAUAAAUUAACCUAGCCAUUGCUAAUAUUUUCAGAGGUUUCUGGAAAAAUAUUAAAGAUUUCCUAGAUAGUAGAUUCAAGCUAGAAAUAUGAAAGUAUGAAAAAUUUAGCUAUUCCCAAAUACUUAACACACAUUGACUCAACCAAAGAAAAAUGUGAACAAAUUUGUAAAAUCAUAUCAAGCUAUUGAAAUCUUGAUGGGUUUAGAAGAAUUAUAAUGUUAUUUGUUGAUAGUUGUGUCAUUGUGUAGUUUUUAAGAUUUUACAUUUUUUAAUGAAGAUUAUGCAAUUAUUAAUGGAAAAAAAUCAUUAAAAAUAUAGAACAAAUGUUUAAAAUAGAACAAAAAAAAGUUUGUGAUAAAAUGUACUUUUCAAAAGAGUAAUAUACUUGGUUUUUCAUUUGUAUUUUACUUUAGCAGUUUAAAUAGUUUACAUAUUUUUAAUAAUUGUAAAGCACGACUUAGAGCUGUAAGAUAAGCGCUAUACAAAAAUGCCUAAAUAAAUAAAUUGAUGAGUCUGUAGUCACAUCUCUAAGAUUAGAUUUUUUUUUUGACUUUCAGCUAAGAAUUUGUUGAUCUUCAAAAUAAGAAACACAAUGGUAAAAAGGAAAUCACAGAGUGGAGAUGAUCUUGAUGGAGACCAAUCAGUGCCUUUGCCAAUACAGACAUUCUUUUGGAGACAAACAAGGUUUUAUACUUUUUACUAUACAAUUUUUAUUGAAGGCUAUUUCUUAUUGAGAUUUUAUAAAACUAAAAUGUGUACCUAAUCCCAAUCUAGAGUAACUGGAGUGUAACAGAUCUUUAUUAACUCAUCAUUGAAGUCGCUGUGUGCAAUCUAAAUUAACCUCUAUAUAUAUGUAAGCAUGUGGGCUGCAUGCAUUUUAAAGCUAAAUAUGAGUUGAGUUCAAAGUAUUCUAGUCAAGCUCAAGGAUAAAAAAAUAGAAGUGAAAGAAUAAUUUUUUGUUUAUUGGGUCUCCAUCAUUUUAACAAGUGGCACAAUUCUUAAUAAAUGAGACAUGUUGAAUUGUGCAGGUUCAACUCCUUAAAAAAUGUUUCCCCUAGGCCAUUAAUGUCCAUGCUUAAAUAUUGGAUUAAUUAUAGAACACACGGCAGAGAAAUAUGUUCUUAUCAUUUUAAAUUCAAAUAAUGUAUACACUUUUACAAUCUUAUGUUCAUUGUACAUCUUUAUUUAAAUUUUUUAUUAAAAAAAAUUGUUCCUGAUAUUUAAUAGAAAUUAUUGUAUACCAAGUCAGAAUACUUUUGUGUCUGUUUUAUUAAAAAAAUACUUUAACUUUUUGCUUAAAGCCCCUUCAUUAGACCAAAACAAGGAAAGUUGUGUGAGGCAUCAUGUGUGGUAAGUGUGAGAGCUGUUAUUUUUAGGGUUAAAAUUAAGCUUUUUACAUGUGCUCAAUAAAAGAUUUAGUUGCUAAAAUUAUUAUUAUUAUUCCUCCCAGAAAACACCUAGUCAACAAGUGAAAAUAUAUAAAUUCAACCUGAUUGUUAUGCUGCCACAUGAAAUUGAAAUGUAGAUUUAGUUCACCAUCAGUAAAUACAAUGAGAUUGCAAAGUGAAAGGGAAACAAAGGAACAAACAUUUCAAAGUUUAGCUGUCCAGUAGCUGAAAGGUGCAACAGAAGGCCCAUAGGCCCAGUUUUAUCAAACUCAAUCAACUUACCAAUUAAUAACAGAAUAAAAGCACAUGGGGCCCUUGACUUGAGCCUUUUAUGGGAGGGGGAAUGAUAGAGAAGAUUAGAUAUACCAAAACUGCUGGGUACAAAAGCCGUUUUUAAUUUAAAAAAUGAUGUAGUACUGAUGACAAUUUACAACAUUUUAGCCAUAAACACUAAAAAGUAAACAAUUCUUUGUUCAAUUCAAUUUAAGAAAAUUCAAAAUUGUUAUUAUUGUUUUGCAAAAGUUUGUCAGUAUUGCAGAUGUUACAAAUACCUACAAGAAACUUACUGCCAUUUUCUUUCAGUCCUUUGAACGAGUAGUUGUCCAGAACAUUCUCCAUGGCUUGUCCCCAAGUCUAUGUGAAGCAGUUCAGAGUGUUUCUCGAUGGAAGGUUGUACAAGCAUCCUUUCCCCACUUGAUGCAUGCCUGCUCAUCUCUCAUCGCAGCAUGCAAAAAGGUAAGCAUAUAAUAAUGUUUUUUAAAACGAGUAAUUUGAGGGAAGAAAUUUUUUUUCAACUUCCAAACUGUUUAAUAGGUUUUAUCUCAGAAAUUAGAAAUAAAUACAUUUUUUGUGUGUAGAAUCCAUUCUCUGCCAUUAUUUGGGCAAAGAGUAUGAAUUAACAAGCAUAUCAGAAACAGUGGUCAGUAAGAUUUUAUACAUCAGAAACAGUGUUCAGUAAGAUUUUAUACAUCAGAAACAAUGAACAGUAAGAUUUUAUACUUCAGAAACAAUGUUCAGUAAGAUUUUAUACAUCAGAAACAAUGAACAGUAAGAUUUUAUACAUCAGAAACAGUGUUCAGUAAGAUUUUAUACAUCAGAAACAAUGAGCAGUAAGAUUUUAUACUUCAGAAACAAUGUUCAGUAAGAUUUUAUACAUCAGAAACAAUGAACAGUAAGAUUUUAUACAUCAGAAACAAUGUUCAGUAAGAUUUUAUGCAUCAAAACAAUGAACAGUAAGAUUUUAUACAUCAGAAACAAUGUUCAGUAAGAUUGUAUAAAUCAGAAACAAUAAACAGUAAGAUUUAUACAUCAGAAACAAUUUUCAGUAAGAUUUUAUUCAUCAGAAACAAUGAACAGUAACAUUUUUUAUUCAUGUGAUGUCUGCUUUAUUAGUUUCUGUUUUCAGACUGACAUCAUCAGGUCACAUCAUAAGUUUCCUGUUGUUUAGUUGUUAAUGUUUACAGGAUCUUUACCAUAAGUUAAAAUAAACACUACAGACAACUAUGAGAUAAGAUUUUACACAAUUUACAAUUUAUUUCAACCUUGAUGCAAACAGGGGAAUCCUGAAAACCGAUUCGGUCCCAGUGAAACAAAAUUACUUUACACACUUCACUGGAUCAUACUAGACGCAGCUUCCGAAUGUGAGGACGCAGAUGCAGAGUUCAUGGCAUUGAGAGAUAUUAAAGGGGGAUCACCCCAUAUGCAUUCCUUAAGCACUGUCCAACUGUUUGUUUACUUGUUUGCUCCCCUGGUUCAUCUAAUGAAGGUGGGUUAUCACCCUUAGAUUAUAUUUUCAAUCAUUCCCAUUUUUUUGGCUAUAGUUUGGUACCUUGUAUAAAUUGACAAUGUAAAGCUAAACUUUCCUUGCCUAGAAAUUGUUUUUUUCCAUUUUGUACCCAAAUAAUUAUAAGGCAUUGGUGCUAAUAAAAAAGUUAUUGCUUAAAAAUUUCAGGAUUCAGAUUUUGAAUCUCUGAAGCUGGAGAAUGGGCUCCGUUUGUGGCAGCCCAUGUGGGAAUACCAGCAGCCAGAUAUUCCUUGCUUUGCAACCCCUGUCAAACCUCAAAGAAGUGUUUUGAGAGCACAGAGGUCACAGCUCAAAGUAAACACAAAUGCUGCUAACAUAUAUGUGGGAAAAGGUAACGUUUCAAAUUUCACUGAAGUUCAAAAGGUUUUUGGUUAAUGUAAGUAACAUAAAUAUAUUGACCGGUCAAAUUUUUUUUUUUUCCAAUCUGUACUUACCGAUGGACAUACUCUUUCUUCCUUGAAAUAAUGUUAAUAUGAAAUUUAAAAAGUGCUAUGAAAAUAUUUUAUUUCUGAAGGAACGUCAAGAGAGAAUCUGGCAUUUUUGUUUGAAGACUCCACUAGUGGUCGCAGCAUGGAAGAAGAGAAUCCACCAAAUGCUCCACUGGCAAGGAUGAGUGACAUCUGCACGCUGUCAACAGCAGACUCUCAGACAGCCACAAUGGAGGUCAUUUGUGAGAACUGCAACACAGUUAUCCCAGUCAAGGUCAUUAUUGCUAGCCUGCCCUUCUUUUUUUUUUUACUCAACUCACUUUAAAGUUAAUGGUAAAGGAGAUAAUUAAGUAGAUUGAGGGAGAUUAUUAAGUAGAUGGACGCUGUAGGACAUUGGUCUAAUUAAGUAGAUGGAUGAUGUAGGACAUUGGUCUAAUUAAGUAGAUGGAUGAUGUAGGACAUUGGUCUAAUUAAGUAGAUGGAUGAUGUAGGACAUUGGUCUAAUUAAGUAGAUGGACGCUGUAGCACAUUGGUCUAAUUAAGUAGAUGGAUGAUGUAGGACAUUGGUCUAAUUAAGUAGAUGGACGCAGUAGGACAUUGGUCUAAUUAAGUAGAUGGAUGCUGUAGGACAUUGGUCUAAUUAAGUAGAUGGACGCUGUAGGACAUUGGUCUAAUUAAGUAGAUGGAUGCUGUAGGACAUUGGUCUAAUUAAGUAGAUGGACGCAGUAGGACAUUGGUCUAAUUAAGUAGAUGGAUGAUGUAGGACAUUGGUCUAAUUAAGUAGAUGGAUGAUGUAGGACAUUGGUCUAAUUAAGUAGAUGGACGCUGUAGGACAUUGGUCUAAUUAAGUAGAUGGAUGAUGUAGGACAUUGGUCUAAUUAAGUAGAUGGACGCAGUAGGACAUUGGUCUAAUUAAGUAGAUGGAUGCUGUAGGACAUUGGUCUAAUUAAGUAGAUGGACGCUGUAGGACAUUGGUCUAAUUAAGUAGAUGGAUGCUGUAGGACAUUGGUCUAAUUAAGUAGAUGGACGCAGUAGGACAUUGGUCUAAUUAAGUAGAUGGAUGAUGUAGGACAUUGGUCUAAUUAAGUAGAUGGAUGAUGUAGGACAUUGGUCUAAUUAAGUAGAUGGACGCUGUAGGACAUUGGUCUAAUUAAGUAGAUGGAUGAUGUAGGACAUUGGUCUAAUUAAGUAGAUGGACGCAGUAGGACAUUGGUCUAAUUAAGUAGAUGGAUGCUGUAGGACAUUGGUCUAAUUAAGUAGAUGGACGCUGUAGGACAUUGGUCUAAUUAAGUAGAUGGGCGCUGUAGGACAUUGGUCUAAUUAAGUAGAUGUACACAGUAGGACAUUGGUCUAAUUAAGUAGAUGGAUGCUGUAGAACAUUGGUUUAAUUAAGUAGAUGGACGCAGUAGGACAUUGAUCUAAUUAAGUAGAUGGAGGCAGUAGGACAUUGGUCUAAUUAAGUAGAUGGACGCAGUAGGACACUGGUCUAAUUAAGUAGAUGGACGCUGUAGGACAUUGGUCUAAUUAAGUAGAUGGACGCAGUAGGACACUGGUCUAAUUAAGUAGAUGGAUGCUGUAGGACAUUGGUCUAAUUAAGUAGAUGGAUGCUGUAGGACAUUGGUCUAAUUAGGUAGAUGUACGCAGUAGGACAUUGGUCUAAUUAAGUAGAUGGACGAUGUAGGACAUUGGUCUAAUUAAGUAGAUGGAUGAUGUAGGACAUUGGUCUAAUUAAGUAGAUGGACGCAGUAGGACAUUGGUCUAAUUAAGUAGAUGGACGCAGUAGGACAUUGGUCUAAUUAAGUAGAUGGAGGCAGUAGGACAUUGGUCUCCAAAACUUAGGAUUUCGCUUUCAACUUACUAAAAGAACUCACCAUUACAACCAACAUCCACUAUUCCAAUGAAAAAUUAUAAAGAUUAGAGUUCAUUGGAUCACAAGCUUUUGCUUAUUUGACAAAUGUCUUUAUGUUCCACAUUGGUCCCCCAUGUUUCAAUAGUAUGACAGCCAUAAAACCCAUGUUGUGGACCAUGUUUCAAUAGUAGGACAGCCAUAAAACCCAUGUUGUGGCAUAUGUUUCAAUAGUAUGACAGCCAUAAAACCCAUGUUGUGGACCAUGUUUCAAUAGUAUGACAGCCAUAAAACCCAUGUUGUGGACCAUGUUUCAAUAGUAGGACAGCCAUAAAACCCAUGUUGUGGACCAUGUUUCAAUAGUAGGACAGCCAUAAAACCCAUGUUGUGGACCAUGUUUCAAUAGUAGGACAGCCAUAAAACCCAUGUUGUGGACCAUGUUUCAAUAGUAGGACAGCCAUAAAACCCAUGUUGUGGACCAUGUUUCAAUAGUAGGACAGCCAUAAAACCCAUGUUGUGGACCAUGUUUCAAUAGUAGGACAGCCAUAAAACCCAUGUUGUGGACCAUGUUUCAAUAGUAGGACAGCCAUAAAACCCAUGUUGUGGACCAUGUUUCAAUAGUAGGACAGCCAUAAAACCCAUGUUGUGGACCAUGUUUCAAUAGUAGGACAGCCAUAAAACCCAUGUUGUGGACCAUGUUUCAAUAGUAGGACAGCCAUAAAACCCAUGUUGUGGACCAUGUUUCAAUAGUAGGACAGCCAUAAAACCCAUGUUGUGGACCAUGUUUCAAUAGUAGGACAGCCAUAAAACCCAUGUUGUGGACCAUGUUUCAAUAGUAGGACAGCCAUAAAACCCAUGUUGUGGACCAUGUUUCAAUAGUAGGACAGCCAUAAAACCCAUGUUGUGGACCAUGUUUCAAUAGUAGGACAGCCAUAAAACCCAUGUUGUGGACCAUGUUUCAAUAGUAUGACAGCCAUAAAACCCAUGUUGUGGACCAUGUUUCAAUAGUAUGACAGCCAUACAAAAGAUGAUUACUGACAAAAAGUAAUAUUUAUUUUAUAUCAUUUUUUUAAACAAAAAUUUAAUUCUUAAAUUGUAAUUAUAAAACAAAAUGCUUUUCUUAUAUCAAUUUUUACUGAUUAUUCCAGAACAAUGAUGGUUGCCUGACUUGUCGCUGUGGACGGAAAGACACCCUGGUGGCCUUCCUGCCCGACUCUAACAACUACGCCUUCCUGAAGCUGACCUCUGCCGUUGACAAAGAUUACGUCAAGCAGAAACUGGCUUCUGCUGUCACUAGUGGUACCAGAGCACCAGGAGCUCUUGACAUACUAAGUGCCAGUUAUUUGGAUGUGGCAGUUCUCAGGUGGGCAAAAGCCAUUGGUCUGUAGCUGUUGACGAAAUUGGGAAUGAACAAUUUUAACUAUCAACAUUUUGGUAUAACUCCAGCUAGGGAUGAUGAGUUUCUCCAUUAAAUUGUCUCAUAUAACAAGGCUGAUUAAUUGGUAAUAUGCCAGUUAGCUUAUCAGUCCAACCCUAAUUCUAAUUACUGUGGAUUUUGAGGUUCAUAUUUGGCUUGAAGUUUUACAACGUUUCUUCUUGAGUUUCAUCUUAAAACAAAAGCGUGCACUAUUAUUAUCAACCCGUGCUUGUCCAUGGAACUGAGAUCUGAAUAUUACAAAACAUUUCAAUAAAGAACAUAAAUUUCCACUCAGUUUUAUGAAAGAAAUAUCUUUGAAACUUAAAUGAUGUUGUUUAAUAAUUUUUCUGCAGGUGUCUCUUUUGUCUUAGUUGGUCUGAAGAUGGCAUCUAUUGGGCUUUAAGGUAAAGUUCAUUUCUUUAAACAUAUUAUCAAUAAACUUUUUAAAUAGCAUAUUCAAUGUACAUCAAUUCUUUUACACCCAUUUACACAAUGUACUGAAACUAGAACCGGGCACUUACUUACUUACUUUCUUGUGCCAGGGGCAUUGGUCAUCUACAAGAAUUAUCCAUUCAUCUUGGUCCUGUGCUAUACUUUUCAGUUGCUUCCCGUUGAAUCCCAUACUUAAUGUGUCUGCCUCUAGCUUGCAUCUCCAUGUAUUCCUUGGCCUUUCUCUCUUCUUUUUUUCCCUGUGGGUCCCAUGUUAGGGAUUGUCUGAUGAGAUUAUCUUGGGGUUUACGAAGAUUAUGCCCUAUCCACCUUUUCCUUAUGAUGUCUUCAGCAAUGGGCUCCUGGUAUGUCCUUUCCAGUAAGUCUUUGUUGGCUCAUUCAUGACUCUUACAUUCUUAUUGCCUUUGAAAGGAGGUCCUCUGCUUAGAGGCUUCCAAUAUAACUUGGCUUUGGCCGCAAGACAUCGUAACUCUUCUUGGGGCUGACAUGUUUUUUCUUUCCUUUUUCUUGUUGACAUUGCUGUUAAAAAAAAUUGUUUUUUUACAUGUGAGGUGGCCGGCCUCACACCAGUCCUCCCCCUUUUUCAGCCAGGCUUAUGACCGGCGAUGGGAGAGUUAGAAUUGGACAAUCCAUCCCAUAAUUAGCAUGGAGCUCCAAUACUGAAUGAAAUAAAUUAGGUGGGAAAGGACUAAAUUCAAAGACACAAAUAACAAGUUGACCAUAAUUGAUUUCCCAAUGGCCAGAAUCAGUAACUGAACUGAAUGAUUUUUCUAAUUCAUUAGAUACAUGCACCAACGGAUGCUAGAAGUCUGCCAUGAACUUACAAAUAUAGAAACUAAAGAUCGAACCAGGAGCUGCUCCUUACCUAUCCCUGACCUUAAUAUUUUGACUUCCCCGAGUAAACCUUCUACGCCCGCAGAGCCGCUCUCUGUGCCGUCCACUCCCACAGGAAUUUCUCCCGACAAUCAGAGCCCCACCAUUAAACAUGUUCCCGGUCUGGAAAUGCGGCGUCCGGCAAUGACGGCGUCUGGAGUAUUCCCUAUCCCAGAAAUACGCAAGGAACCACCAUUUAAGAAGAUCAGAGUUGUGGAACUCAAACAGUUUUUUGAUUCUGGGAAAUCAUUCCUCAGGAAAAAAGAUGCACAAGAUGAUGGUAAGUUUUGAAUUCACUUUAUGUUAAGUAACAUCUAGUGUAAUUAAUACAAAAAUCUUUUUGCGCACUGAAGAGAAACAAUUUUGAUCAAGUGAAUAAAUUAAAAAAUAAUAAAUGUUCAUGAAUGAAAUACACUUUGUUUAGGUAAAGAGGAUAGUCUGCAUGACUCGGAAGGAGAAUUCCACCGCCCAACAUCUGCCAUGGGAAUCUUUAAAGACACGAAGGAACAAGAAGAUAAGUUUGGAUCAUUAAUGGCUGGGUAAGUGUGGAAUUAUUUCCUCUUGGUAUGUGUCUUUAGGAGAGCCAGUUUUCUCUUGAUUUGUUUCAGUGUUGGAUGUAAAAGUGCUUUAGAAUGGAAUGAUUUUAACUUUAACUGCACUGGAGAAAACUCAGAUGUCCAUUACCAUCUUGACACAAUACUUAACUCGAUGUCCAUGACCAUCUUGACACAAUACCAAACUCAGAUGUCCAUGACCAUCUUGACACAAUACCAAACUCAGAUGUCCAUGACCAUCUUGACACAAUACCAAACUCAGAUGUCCAUGACCAUCUUGACAUAAUACUUAACUCAGAUGUCCAUGGCCAUCUUGACACAAUACCAAACUCAGAUGUCCAUGGCCAUCUAGACAUAAUACUUAACUCAGAUGUCCAUGACCACUUUGACAUAAUACUUAACUCAGGUGUCCAUGACCAUCUUGACAUAAUACUUCACUCAGAUGUCCAUGACCAUCUUGACACAAUACCAAACUCAGAUGUCCAUGACCAUCUUGACAUAAUACUUAACUCAGAUGUCCAUGACCAUCUUGACACAAUACCAAACUCAGAUGUCCAUGACCAUCUUGACAUAAUACUUAACUCAGAUGUCCAUGCCCUUCUUGACACAAUACCAAACUCAGAUGUCCAUGACCAUCAUGACAUAAUACUUAACUCAGAUGGCCAUGGCCUUCUUGACACAAUACCAAACUCAGAUGUCCAUGACCAUCUUGACAUAAUACUUAACUCAGAUGGCCAUGGCCUUCUUGACACAAUACCAAACUCAGAUGUCCAUGACCAUCUUGACAUAAUACUUAACUCAGAUGGACAUUGCCUUCUUGACACAAUACCAAACUCAGAUGUCCAUGACCAUCUUGACAUAAUACUUAACUCAGAUGUCCAUGACCAUCUUGACACAAUACCAAACUCAGAUGUCCAUGACCAUCUUGACAUAAUACUUAACUCAGAUGUCCAUGACCAUCUUGACACAAUACCAAACUCAGAUGGCCAUGACCAUCUUGACAUAAUACUUAACUCAGAAGGCCAUGACCAUCUUGGCAUAAUACUUAACUCAGAUGGCCAUGACCAUCUUGACACAAUACCAAACUCAGAUGGCCAUGACCAUCUUGACAUAAUACUUAACUCAGAAGGCCAUGACCAUCUUGACACAAUACCAAACUCAGAUGGCCAUGACCAUCUUGACAUAAUACUUAACUCAGAUGGCCAUGACCAUCUUGACAUAAUACUUAACUCAGAUGGCCAUGGCCUUCUUGACACAAAAAGCUUCAGUAUACCAGAAACAAAAUAUCAAUUUUUUUUCAUUUCUCUAUAUAAUUGACAGUGUAUAAAUAUCUAAAACAUCUCACUUUUUAUGUUUCCAACAAGAACUACCUGUAGGAAAAGUCUCCCCACAUUAAGUCAACAUGACAAAGACUCCAUGGGGAGCAGCAGCCAGUGCAGCGGACAGGACUCAUCCACUUCUUCUCAGGCAGACCUCCAGGCUAAAAUUCAAGCUCCUAACUUGGAUAAAGAAGCCAUACGCCGACCAAUAAUCCGUAUUACUGAACACAGCCCAGAGACCAAAGGUAUGGCCGGCGCCGGCAAAUCAGGCAUUAGCGGAUCAAAUGCUAAUCUGCAUGUGGCUGCUAGCUAUGAUGGUAGGCAUGAUUAGUUAACGACAAGACCACCAAAGAAUUGAGUCACUUUGCUUUUCAAUCUUAGAGGAAAACAUAGUUUUUAUAGAUGAGUGUUGUUGAUUGCAUGACUUAAAUGUCACUUAGUUAAGUAGUUUAAAGUCCUCAGCUCAGCGUUUGAUCUGAGCCUUGGGAACAAUUUAAGCUCAGUGUUAGAUCCGAGUUCUAGCAACAAUUUACUGUUAGGGACAGCCACUACAACAAGUAGUGUCUGUUGUAUGAUCAUUAUAUUUAGUUCAACACUUUGAAAAGAAAGACACAGGAACAAUAUUAGUGAAAAACAUUAUUUUCAAAGCAUUGAAAUGGUUUUAAUGAUCAUGGCAUGAAUAAUUAAAAUAAAAAAAUAAUGUCUAAGCCAUGGUGAGAUAGCGGCUAUUAGUUCCUGCAAUAUUCAUGUCUAAGCCAUUGUAAGAUAGCUGCUAUUAGUUCCUGCUAUAUUCAUGUCUAAGCCAUGGUGAGAUAGCAGCUAAUAGUUCCUGCUAUAUUCAUGUCUAAGGCAUGGUGAGAUAGCAGCUAUUAGUUCCUGCUAUAUUCAUGUCUAAGGCAUGGUGAGAUAGCAGCUAAUAGUUCCUGCUAUAUUCAUGUCUAAGGCAUGGUGAGAUAGCAGCUAUUAGUUCCUGCUAUAUUCAUGUCUAAGGCAUGGUGAGAUAGCAGCUAUUAGUUCCUGCUAUAUUCAUGUCUAAGGCAUGGUGAGAUAGCAGCUAUUAGUUCCUGCUAUAUUCAUGUCUAAGACAUGGUGAGAUAGCAGCUAUUAGUUCCUGCUAUAUUCAUGUCUAAGGCAUGGUGAGAUAGCAGCUAUUAGUUCCUGCAAUAUUCAUGUCUAAGCCAUGGUGAGAUAGCAGCUAUUAGUUCCUGCUAUAUUCAUGUCUAAGCCAUGGUGAGAUAGCAGCUAUUAGUUCCUGCUAUAUUCAUGUCUAAGGCAUGGUGAGAUAGCAGCUAUUAGUUCCUGCUAUAUUCAUGUCUAAGGCAUGGUGAGAUAGCAGUUAUUAGUUCCUGCUAUAUUCAUGUCUAAGGCAUGGUGAGAUAGCAGCUAUUAGUUCCUGCUAUAUUCAUGUCUAAGGCAUGGUGAGAUAGCUGCUAUUAGUUCCUGCUAUAUUCAUGUCUAAGGCAUGGUGAGAUAGCAGCUAUUAGUUCCUGCAAUAUUCAUGUCUAAGCCAUGGUGAGAUAGCAGCUAUUAGUUCCUGCUAUAUUCAUGUCUAAGCCAUGGUGAGAUAGCAGCUAUUAGUUCCUGCUAUAUUCAUGUCUAAGGCAUGGUGAGAUAGCAGCUAUUAGUUCCUGCUAUAUUCAUGUCUAAGGCAUGGUGAGAUAGCAGUUAUUAGUUCCUGCUAUAUUCAUGUCUAAGGCAUGGUGAGAUAGCAGCUAUUAGUUCCUGCUAUAUUCAUGUCUAAGGCAUGGUGAGAUAGCUGCUAUUAGUUCCUGCUAUAUUCAUGUCUAAGGCAUGGUAAGAUAGCUGCUAUUAGUUCCUGCAAUAUUCAUGUCUUAGCCAUGGUAAGAUAGCUGCUAUUAGUUCCUGCAAUAUUCAUUCACUGUUUUUUUCUUCUUUUCUAGUACAUUUUGUAUAUGAUAAUACAGCACUGAUUAAAAUGAAUUUCUCAACCGAGUCAAAAUAUAUAUAAAACAAAGUAUAUAAAUAUAUAAAUGUAUAUAUAUAUAAAACAAUGUAUAUAAAACAGCUAAUUUGAUCUUAAUCUUUUAAUGACGUUAUAAUCAGUGCUUAAUAUCUUAUAAAAGAAAAAUAUUUAUCUUUUAUUUUUUUUAUUUUAAACAAUUUUAAGUAGAUUGAAUUUAUUUAAUUUUUUUUAGAUUUUCUUAUAUAAUAUAACUGUAUUUUAGCAGAGGAAAUGCAAGGGUCUUCUAAUUUUCCCCGAAGCUUUACCGAUUCCAACAUUGCCUACAAGCAAGACAGAGAGAUUCAAGAGGUAGGACAAAGUACAAGUCACCUUUAAAUUCGUUGGGGUGCCUACUUCAUGAUUUCUAGAAUUUAUGGCUUUAUAAAACUCAAAGAGCACUUUACAACUUUCACAUCUUAUUGUCCUGUCUUUUGCUUCAAGCUUCAACACACCUUGUUCUAUUUCAUACAACAUGCUGAGCAUGUAACUAAAAUUGAUUUCUAAAUAAUUCUACGACACCACUGACCACACAACAUACAGAACAAAGUACUAAUUAAUAUGGGAAAAAGGUUUUAUCCAAUCAGAAUAUGUUACCAAGAUCUUCCAGACAGCAGCAGGGGUGGAACCAAAAGAAAUUCUAUCCAUGGUUGAGAUUAGUUUAAUCAACAAAGAUUAGGAAUAUUUGUAUUUAAACUGAUUGCUUUUGUGUUGCUUGCACAUCUCAGGUAUCUGGGUCUAAGUACUACAUCCAAACAAAUGGCAACAUAAACUACAAAGUUGUCCUCCGAGCUCUCCACUUUGUGGCCAUGAAUGAGCACACGCCCAGAAUAUGUGAGGUGCUGCUCAAUUUACUCAACUGUCUCUUGGAUCUGGACAUCAUCGAAACUAAACCGGUGACAAUGGUGUCACCAUCAGGAUCUGGUACACCGGCCUCCGUGAAAACUGGCACUCCUGGUCAGAACAACUCAUCUGCUGGGACACCUGAAGGUAGGCCAUCAACUUGAAUCUUCUUCUCAAUAUGAGGUAACAUUUGAUUAUUCCACAAUCUCUGUACUGAGGCUUGUGGUGAAAACAACAUUACUUAUAGAUUGUAGGAGUGUUACAUUCUUCCGUGGUUCAUUGAUAAUUUUUUUAAAUCUUAACUUUUUAAGUUCUCUUACUUUUCAUAUUUUCAAUUUAGAUGAUUUCGCCCAAUUCCAUUUCACGAAUAAAUUAAUAUUUUCCCCAAAGAUUUGUAAUUCCAUUAAUUGAAUAAUUUAUAUUGCAAAGUUUCUAUUAACUUCUAUUAUAUUUAAUGGAAUUUGCCUUUUUCAACCUGAAUGGCAGAUUCUUUUGUUAUUUGCUUUCAAAAAUCUAAUUGUUAGUUACAAUUCAAAUAAUUGGGUGUUUCAUCACUAAUGUUAAUACCCACCUGAACAAUGCCACUGUGAACUCGACAUCAGUCGAAAGCUUCAAGGCUGCCCUGGCAUCAGAUAGGAGCUGUUAGAAUAGCAACAUCAUAUCCCCAACCGUUGCAAAGAUGCCAGUACAUGGAUGCAGCAAUGAAACAUAACCAGAACCAGAGUGUUUUUGGGAAUGGCAGUGUGGUUGGCUACCAGAAAUACACUUAAAAUGCACUUAAAAUUUGGGCAAUUACUUUAAAACUUGUAAUAUAUUUUUAAAAAAAAUUCUUUUGUUGUAGGCUUUGAUUCAUCCCAUACACCCAAAACUCCUGAUGACGGACUUGGAAUUAGAGCCAGGGAUGAAGUGACUGCUCACAGUCUUGCAAUGGAUAGCUUAUUCAGGUUAGUGACUGGCUGAUGUCUUGCUAUGGAUCGCUUAUUCAGAUUAAUGACUUCCUGAUGUCCUGUCAUUGAUAGCUUAUUUGGGUUAGUUACUGCUUGCAGCCUUGCCAUGGACAGCUUUUUAAGCUUGACUUAAUUUUUAUAAUGGACAAAUUGUAGAUACAUUAAGUGUAUGUGAUUUUAACAGUUAAUUCAAUAACUGGAAAAUUGGAUUGUUAUCUUUAAUAAAGCACAGUAUGUUGUAACUGCGACAAUUUGAUCAUUAGUUUUUAUAAUAAAAACAAAUUAUGUUGUAGUUGAUUCAACUUAAAGUUCUAAUAAUUCAACAACAAAAACUUGAUUCAACUUAAAGUUCUAAUAAUUCAACAACAAAAACUUGAUUCAACUUAAAGUUUUAAUAAUUCAACAACAAAAACUUGAUUCAACUUAAAGUUUUAAUAAUUCAACAACAAAAACUUGAUUCAACUUAAAGUUUUAAUAAUUCAACAACAAAAACUUGAUUCAACUUAAAGUUUUAAUAAUUCAACAACAAAAACAUUAAAUUAUUUUUGCUUCCAGUUUAGGUUUUAAAUUAUUCUUUUAAAAAUUUGUUACAUUUAAGCAGCAUAUGGACUUGAUAACAUCAUACUUAUUUAUAGAAGUAGUUAUUGCUUAUCCAUCUUUUCUUGACAGGAUUUAUAAAGCCUUGGGCUGCCCUCAUGGCUGCGGUGAUGGAGUUAUGGGAUCACAAGGUGACCACCUUCGAGUAAAGGGGCAGAACUGCCUGCAGCGUCUCCACAAAAUCAACCCGUCAAUGUUCCACAAGUUUCUUCGGGACACCGUGAAGAAGCGACCUCUUCAGGAAACGAUCGAUUUCUUGCAUGCCUUCCUUGGAUUUUGUUUUGAUCCCACAGUAUUAUUGCAGUCUCCAAUGUGUAUGUAAAACUUUGAAAAAAGUAUUUUUUGUUUCAAAAUCUGUUCAUCCUUAUAAAGUGCAAUUGGGUGUUGCUUAAAUAAUAAUAAUAAUAAUAAUAAUAAAGUUCAUUUAAAAAACACGCUUCAUCCCCAAAGGCUCAAAGCGCGUUACAAAGUCAACAAAAAACAUAUCUAUAAUUUACAACAUUUAAAACAAACGCAACACUACAAAAACUAAUUACAAGCAUACAAUCUCAAAGUCUUUCUAGCCAUUUCAAAUCUUUAAUAAUUAAAUGCAAACUCCUAGCAUUUGCUUAUAAAGGUUCAAUAAUUAAAUGCAUGUUCCAGGCAUAUUCUUUACAAAUUUUUAUUCAGGCUCCUAAGAAAGAGAAAUUAAAAACUUAUUUUUUAAUGCCUAUGUUUUAUUUAAGUCUUAAUUAAAUUAGUCUUUUUUGUUUCUGUUAUCCAUUUGCUUCUGAAUUGCUUAUAAAGGGGAAAGAGACUUGUUGAUUCUAAGGUAUUUUAACACUAGUUUAUAGAGAGAAAAUUCUUGGCAAACUACAUUUGUUAUGAAUUUAUAACUUAGGUACAAAAAAGUAAAACCGUAUUAAACUUAAAUUACUUUCUAUGUUUAAGGGGAUAUUCCAUUUUCAGCCCAGAAAAAGUCAGUGUCUCAAGAGAACAUUCCACGAACAGGCUAUGCCAACAACUUUGGCCACAGUGUUGGCGGGGAAGGCUAUCGUGGGGUGGAGGGUGUGCUCAUUGCUAAUCUGGUGAAACCUCUGGUGACACGUUGUGUUGAGUGUGCGGGGGAACUCUAUGGCAAUGAAAAUAUUGUUAGUUGUAUUUUUGUUAUGUGCAUGCUUUUUUGUGUUCACAUCUUCAGUAAAUUGAAGGUAUUCAAUUUUAUUUAAAAGAGGAUUUUAAACAUACAUUCUGUGAAACUAUUUAUUCUUAAUGUAAUUGGAUUCCCCACUCAAAUACUUACAAUGACGUGGAAAAAGUUCAUUUUUAAAAAAAAAGGUUAAAAUCCAAAUUCCUUCAUUAUGAUUUAACAAAGGCAAAUGAUCAUUAUGAAAUUAAAUUAGAAAUCCAAAGAUGGCAAAUACAUCUUUUUUUAAGGUUUUUCAGAGAGGCAAUUUGAUUAUGUAAACAAAAUCAGUAGUCUUAAGACUUGUUGAUCUUAUCCUUUUAUUUUUGAAUAAGUUUCUCACUGUUGCUUUUUCAGAGCUUGUUCUGUGAUGUCCGUCAGUUGAUGGCCUACAUCAAAGAGAUUCACGGGGGAACCUUUCGCAGGGUUGCACUCAGUGGUUUGUUGGACGCCCUGCAGAAAGUCAACAGAGAAAGUGCUGAGAGGAAAAAGGAAUUGACUAUGAAAAAACAAGUUUCUCCCAUCAGGUAUUAAGUGAAAAUUAACAUUAAUUCGAACAUUGAUAUUAAAAGUUCAUUUCAAGAAAUACAUAAUUGUUUUGCAUUAUAAAAUCUGACAUUUGAUAAAAUCUAAAAGAAAAAUUGAUAAUGUUUGUCAAAUUCCUAGUUUUCAGCUGUUUAAAAUAACAGACGUGAAAGACAUUAGAAAGGUAGUUGACAAUCCCCUGUAAAUUACAACUACCAAUUUGGGAUAAAAUUUAAAACAGAGUAGCUGCAGAGACCAAAACAAAGACAACUUUUAACAUUAUACAGUUAUACUGGAAAGGGGGUUCCCAUUAUCACAAAUGUAAACUUGCACCAGUGCAUCAAAGCUACUUAUUCCCCAGAUAUUAAUGUCUCAGAGGCCUUGAAAGGACUGAAGAAUUAUUUAAAAAAGAAAUCGAUUUUAAAAAAUCAAUGGUCUUGAAAAGCUUUGAUAAAAUAAGUGUAACAUUGAAGCUGCUUUUCAAGUUCUGCAAAACGUGCAAUUUUUUUCCUAGGAGAACAACGUCCAUCACAUCAGAAAGUGGGGAUGAGAAAGAAACACCAACUUCCACCAAGCAUGUCAGUUUGCAGAAUUCUGAUGAUCUAAUGAGCCGGCGAAAGUCAAAGAAGUCUUUAUUUAGAUCUAAAAUCACUAAGGUCAGAUGUAAAACAAUAUUGAUCAUUUAAAUGCACAUUUCAAAAAGAUAAAUCCUUGGUGAACGGAACAAUAAAUUUAUAACAAAAAUAUAAAUAUUCAAUAUUUUACCAGAAUUAUCGUCAUUAUGUUUUUUUCUUUGUAAUUCAAGUAGUUUUGUUAAAAAGCUAUGGAUUCUGUUCUUUGCUUUUCUUUCAUUAUGUUUUUAGUAAAUUUUUCUUAUGUAUUUUGGAUUUAAUUUUUCUUUGAAUAACUUAUUUGAUUUUCUAUUUUCAGAACUUUAUGUUGUAAUAUUUUUUUGUGUUGGAUUUUAGAUUUAGAUUCUAAUCUUUUUCUUUGAAAAAAAAUAAAUUCUUAAAUUCUUAUUUUUAAAUGCUAGACUAUUCACUAGUUUUCUUAACAUUUUCCUAACUUGCUGGCCAAGUAGGCAAGUUUAAGCCAUAUUUAAAAAUCAGCUGCAUAAAAAUGAACACAUGCUAACUUUCAACCAACUAUUUGUUUUAGCUUGCCUGAAGUUUUACAGAUUUUAAAUUUCCUUUAAGAGCUAAUUAUUUGUAAGGACUACACAAGGCUAAUCUUGCAAUAGGUGUCGCUAUAUUUUAAUUUUCAGUCUCUGAUGUUCCAGUAUGCUGCCAGUGACUCUGAAGUUGUAGAUGAAAUGCCAGGUGGGAAAAGUCCAAGGACAAGUAUCUCUGCUGCUGAAGAAGACUCUCCGCAGUCCAGCUCGACUCCUCGCAGGAGGUUCAGCAAGUUCAAUAUUGGUGAGAUCCUCUAAUUAUGUUACCGAUUUCUCAAACAUUUUUGGUAAAGAAAUUAAAGCAAGACCCCCUAAAAUAGCUCUGCUUGGCCAAUCCUAGUCAGGUCUAACAUGCCUCAUUCAAAUAUAAACCCUUCAUGUCAAUCUAGCGACCAUACCAUAUGAUGUCACCCCAGCCCUCCUGUUCUAGAAACAUCAAAUACAGGGUGUAGAAUUCAGAUAAGCUUUUUUUUUCUUUCUUAAAAAAUAUUUUAAAAUGACUAUUAAAAAAAAAAAAGUAAUCUAUUGACUCAAGUAAUCUACACAGUGUUAAUUUGAAAAAUUAAGACAUGCACUAAGUUUGUAAUCUGCUGUGACUAAUAACAUUAAAACAAAAUAUUAAGGUAAGGCCAGUUUAUAAAAAUAGCAAGAAGUAAAAUAUAAUCAUCAUCAACUCAAAUAAUGAAGAAAUUCUGGAAAAAUUAAACACAUUUUGUUACCCCUCUUAGGGUGGAGACGAGGGACAAAAAGUGACCACGAAGAUGAGCAGAACUCUGACCCGCCGCCACUGGACAGACGAGAAAGUCGAAGUGAGGCUCAAGUCCAUCGGACAGGUCCAGCUGGCCGAGGUCGCAUGUCUUUCCGGGCAGCAAGUCAAGCCACUUUGACUUUUCUUAGUGCACGUAAAAGAAUUGAAGAUGGGAUCAAAACUCUGGGGAAGAAAAUGACACGUAAAGGAAGCUGUGAUGGUAGAGACUCACAUUUAUUUGAGGAAAAAAAAAAGAACACAACAGAAGAUUUUCUGUUGAAAAAAAACAACCAAACAUCCAGUUUAUUCUUGAAAACUUAUACAGAAGAGUCAGAGUUGUAGACAGUUUUCUAUCCAUUGUAGCUAGUUUUUCCAUCUCUAGCACUUUAGUUAUCUUUGAAUUUUUCCCCCCCUUUUUUUGGUUUUCCACCCCUUGUGAUAGAUGUUUUGUGUGUUUCUUUAAAUAAAAACAAAAAUCCAAUGAUGAUUUGGAAUGUUAUUGUGGAAAGUAAAGAACAAUUUUUGUGUGUUAAAAAGCUACUCAAAGGAUUUCUCAGACUUUCUUUCAUAAGAUUUAAAUGAUAAAUUAUUAUGGAUGUUUACUGCACAUACCCCUUGAUUGUUAGUUUUGAUGUACUUUUUAAAUAUUUUUAAAACACCCAUUUUUGCCAUUUUUAAUUAUUUUGUUUAUGACUCGCAAUAAUAUAUCAUUAAGUUUUUGCAUGAGUGUGAAAUUAUUCAACUUAAAAAAACCUAAGUGGCUGCUUCUUUAAAUCUGGUUGCAUCACUCAUGGUCUGUUAUUUAUUAUGUAUUUGUUGUUUUUUAGAUUUCUACAAGCAGAGGUCUGGCCUGAAAAAUGACAGUGGGGUUGAACUGGUGUUGGUUAAAGAGAAGAAAAUGGUUGACAAGUACCUGAUAAAAUCUGGAAUGUUAAGGUUCUCCUUUUUGCUAGAGUGUUGCCAUCCUGGUUCUUUGCCUGACCCACAGCUUGUGGCUGCCAUGUUGGAUCUGGUUAGUAAGAUGAUUAUCAUAGCAGUAGUACUUAUUCAAUAUGAGAAAGAUUUGUUUAAAAUUAUUGAGCAUCAAGAUGACUGAUUAAAAGAUAUAAAUGUAUUGGAAAAUGUGUUUUCAUUUAAAUUGAAUGAUAUCCGAAGUGGUUUAAAGUUGUUGUUUUUUAAUCCACUUGAUGGAGAAUUUAAGUCCUAGCUUUGCGGUAAUUCUCUGCAACAUAAUCUAUCUGAAAAUUGUAAUCUAAUAUUUUAUAGGAAGCCCCGGUCUCUGCAAGAGCAGCAAUGCUGUUAGAAUGCGCCCACUUCAUACAUCGGUGUAACAGAGGCGACUGGCCCAACUGGAUGAAACUGAACCUUCCCAGUUUCCGACACACUGUGGCCGCUCUCCAGAACAGAGGUCAGCCUUCAGGCUACCGUAGAAACUUAAUGUUACAACGGGCUGCUGGACGCAUGUUCUACACUUGGGCUGAGGUAUUUUGUUGUAAAGAAAUUUCUAUUAAGUUAUACAGUAGUUUAUGACAACACUUGGUAACUUAUUAUCAGUAACUUUAAGAUUCUCGUUAGAUAAUUAUUAUGAAGGAAGUCGGAUUAACUUAAACAAAGCAUUCAUUUACAGAAUCUUGGCUUACAAAUGGAAUACAUCCUGGCCAAAGAGCAUGCAGACAGACUGGCUGUUAUUGAUGAAGUCAAAGAUGAGAACAGAAAGAAAGAGUUGAGAAUGGAGGAUGAAGAGGAGGAUUUCCUAGAUGAAGGUGAUCUUUGAAUGGAGUAAAAGAACUACAAAGAUUUAGUAGCUUUGAAUAAAAGCUAUCAAGACAGACUUGAAAAAUUAUAAAUUAUGUUGAAAAGAAUUAUUUGUUGACUCUGGGACAAAGGUCACAUUCAUUAUGGGUUACUAUUACAACUAUUUUUUGGACAACAUUUUGAAAUUUUUGCCAGUGAUGAUUAAAUAACAAGAACAUCAUCUAGGCCAGCGGUUCUCAACCUUCUUAAUGCUGCGACCCUUUAAUACAAUUCCUCAUGUUGUGAUGACCCCCAACCAUAAAAUUAUUUUCGUUACUACUUCAUAAAUAUGUGUUUUCCUAUGGUCUUAGGCGAUCCCUGUGUAAGGAUCGUUCGGCCCCAAAGGGGUCACGACCCACAGUUUGAGAACCGCUGAUCUAGGCCAUAACAAGAAAAUGCUUUUACAAUUCAUUCUGCAUUGAUUAUGAAUGUUUUUUCUUCCAUCUCUAUCCUCAGCCUCUGUUAAUCAGAAAGGCAAGGAGUGCCCGUACGCCUUGAAGAUGCUGGCUUGCCUUGUCCUGGUUGAGAUCACCACUUUUCUGAGAGAAACUUUCCAGUACCUGCCGAGGUCACGGAGCCAGAAGCGGGAACAUCUUUGGGAGAAGAAUGUCACGAGCCGUCGUUACAGCAGCAUAGUCAGCAGUCCCGGUCACUCGGACAAAAGCUCAGAAUCCAACCUGGCAGAACUACCCUCUGGCUUCAGUGAGUGUUGCUAAAUCCCUUUUUUUCAAAUUUUUACUAAUGGCUUUGUUGUUGGCUAUGUUCUUAUAAAGCUAUUUCAAAUCUAUUAUGUAAUUGUCUAGGAGGGAAUUUAUUGAAGUAUUUUAACACAGUUUUUAUUGAGCUAACCUGCAAGCAUGAGAAUUCAUUUAUUCUAACUAAAUAAACCUGUCUGUCACUAGGUAACAUUGGUAGUCCAGGGGAUCGGAAGAUCAGCUUCGCUGUGUUAACUGAGAGAUCAGACUCUCUGCACAGUAGCACAACUUCUCUGUCUGCCCUGGAUCCUAAUGCUACUCCAGAAGAAAAGAAAGAAAGAGGUAAUAUUCAAAACAAAGAUAUUUAGUGCCCCGGGAGCAGUCUGUCCAUCAUGGCAGGGACCUAGGAAACCUGCAGGGGUACACAGCCACCUAACCUGCAUCUCCACCUGGUUAACGUGGGGCAAACAUUUUAGGGGCUAAGGUUUAGGUCUCCUAGGAAGCUUCCUCGUCCCCGUCUAGUUCUUGUGAUUUGGUGUUUAACCAAGGGGCCAGAAGUGCCAAGGUGGGGGGUGGGGGGGGGGUCAUAGAGAUCCAAUCUACCCAUUUGGCGUUCCUGGGGUAGCCAGAUGGUAUGCCACUAGGGGAGGGAGGACUCAGGACUAUGGAUUCCCUUGGGGGGUGCGGGACGCACACGAGCUUCGGUUCGGGCUGCUGACGGCAUUCCUUAUGAACGAUUUUCAGUGCAGAAAGAAUUAUGUGAGCUUUAAUAAAUAUUGAUAUUAAAAAGCAAUAUUCAGUUCACUCGUUACAUGUGCAUAUGUUACAUGUGCAUACGUUACAUGUGCAUACGUUACAUGUGCAUACGGUUACAAAUUCAUUGUGCUUUUUGGUUUCUUCUUUUAUAUCCAUUCCAUCAGUUUGUUAGGUAAAAUAUUUGAAUUUUAAUAUGUAUUAAUGUAGUAAAAAUUACUGUACAAAUAAUUGAUAUGGAAUAUUUGUGAGGUUUUUGUUUUGUUGCUAUUCACGACACCCAGGGCUUUCCCUUUAAUAUCCCAGAAAAACAAGAGUAUGCAAUGAAAUGUUGAAAAUGUACCUGAGAAAUAGACAUUAUUCACUGCAGUUUUUAGUCUCUUGCUUCUAGAUUAGAGUCCCUGUCUUAAAGAGAAAUAUGCAGGUUGCAACUUUGGUUGACGCCAUAUAUUAUUUAACUAUUUCCUAUUUAAUCCACUGUAUUUCAGGUAGAAGAUUAGCUCAAGGGAGACAAAAACUUUUACGGCAUUUCCGUCGUGGGUCUGGUCACAACUCGAGCUUCAGGCGCAGUUUCAAGCUGACCAGACCAGAUGGUGGCGGGGGAAGUAUGUCCUUAAAAAUUUGUUUCAUUCUCUGUAAUCUUAAUUUUUAAUAAAUGUCUGAUACAUUAAUUGAAGAGAUGAAUUAAUUAUAAUUUACUUUCACUUAAAUUAAUUUAAACUCAUCUUUUCAACCUGUUUGGUUUUCAAGAUUUUAUUGUAUACAUUUUAAAUAGAAUAAUAUAAUUUUAUUAAUUUGAAUUUUUUUAAUGGCAAACCAUGGCUUUUUUGUUGUUGUCUAUUGAAUGAAAUAUGAGCAGCGACAGCCAUGUGGUAUUUACACACUGUCCAAUAGUUUCAUUAAUUUAUGUGUUUUAAAUAGUAUUUUUGCUCACAUGUAAAAUUGUGCAUUGUAAAAGCUUAAAGCUAUUCCAUUAGGCAUUAAACGUGGUGGAAGUAUCAAGUCUCGUAAGAUCAGCAGCCAUUCCCUCCAAUCAGAUGGCAAGUUUAUGGAGGAGGAGGCCCCAACUGAAGACACUGAGUCUGUAGCCAUGAUGAGUGAUGACACGCAGGAAUCACCCAUUGAUAAAGAAAUGGAGUUGGAAGAUGAGCAUUUGUACACAAAUCUGCCUUGGAUUAAGGUGGGUUAAAUAAGGUGAUCUGUACACAAAUCUGCCUUGGAUUAAGGGGGCGGGUUAAAUUAGAUGAGGAUCUGUACACAAAUCUGCCUUGGAUUAAGGGGGAGCGGGUUAAAUUAGAUGAGGAUCUGUACACAAAUCUGCCUUGGAUUAAGGGGGAGCGGGUUAAAUUAGAUGAGGAUCUGUGCACAAAUCUGCCUUGUAUUGACGUGGGUUAAAUUAGAUGAGGAUUUGUACACAAAUCUGCCUUGGAUUAAGGUAGGUUACAUUAGAUGAGGAUUUUUACACAAUUCUGCCUUGAAUUGAGUUGGGCUAAAUUAACUAAUUUUUGAAAUAUUAAUUUCUAUUGUUAUAAUUUUAGGGAUUAUUAGCCAUCCUACGGCUUAACCGUUUUUUUUUGGGGGGGAUGGGGUUUAGGGUUAGGGGGAGUUGUUUUUUUUUCACUGGGUAUGUGUAUUAUGAGAAAAUACCUGGUGGGUCCAAGUGUUGCAGAAAAUAAAACUUCUAAUUUUAUAAUAUAAUUCUAUAAUAUAUGCAGGCCUUUAAAUAAUUGGCCCAAAGACAGUCCCACACCCUUCAAAAAAUAGUCCUACAGACAUUGAUUAAUAUAAUAGUCAGCUGUGAAAAAAUUCAACUUUAUUUUUUUAAAAAUCACUCUGUACUAUUAAUAUAAAACAUGUUGAGUAGUGGGAGUGCAAAUAAUUUGUGUCUGAUAAAGAAAACAACUAGAUAAUGAAGGCUUAAUAUUGUAAAGAUUGUGUUGAAGCGGUGGGAAUGACAUAAUAAGGACAUGGUGUGUGCAGUCCUUUGAACAAUAAAAGUAAAGAAAAAGUCUUUGUCGCAAUUCAGGCUUUCACAUGUAUGUCCUUUAUAUUUCAAUGAAGGCUCAACAGCUUGUAUUAAAAUUAAAGUUUUAAAGUGAAACAUUGAGAAUUAAUUCUGAAGUCGAAAUUUUAGCCGUUGUGGAAAUAAAACAUCACCCACUAAUCAUCAUGUAAUCAGUUAAUUAUUACAAUAUUCUUCAUUAAAAUAAAGAUCUGUACAUUUAUAUGUACAAUAUAAUGUAUUUCUGAUGAUUUUCGGAGACAAUUGAAAAAAAAAUAAAUCAUACUUUGAGGUGAAGAAUAUUUUAUUUACACUGAAAUUGUUCAGUUUGAUUGAUGAAAUCUUCAAACAUGUGUUUUGUCAUUCCAGGUUGUUGUCCAGCUGGCCAAUCUUUCAAACUUUAUUUGUCCCCACCAAAACUACUGUCAUCCCAACUGUUAUGAACGUCAACGUCGGUCAUGCUCUAGACUCACAGCUGCACUGCGCAAAAUUUAUGAAUCAACGGAAGAAGAUGAAAGGGAUACAAAUAAACAGACAGACAAGAAGGACACAUUGAAGGAAAAACUGAAGAGAAGAGUGAGUCUCACAUUGGUGCUUUAUGCCUUGAUAAUACUUCGUAUCUAUGGCAAUGAAAAAAUUUCCUACACUUUUUUUUUUUACCCAGUGCUGAAAUUUUACAUAAGACCAUAUACAGAAAUCAUUGUAUAAGACUCAUUUCACAGGAAUCAAUAUUUCAAGUAACAUCUCCCACGACAAGACGAAGAGAGAGCACUCCUCUCCUGGAAAAGAUUAAGACCGACGUGUCAUUAACAAAACUCAAGCUGAGCACCAAGAAAGAUGACAAGCCCAAAGAAGCCAAGGAAGAUCCUCCUAUCAUCAAAUACCUGACUUCACAGGUGAGUUAGCCUUUUUCAUACCAAUCGAGGAAUCUUGAUUUUUUAAAGAAAAGAUAAACACAAUUUUUAAAAGUAAUUCUCUUGCAGAAUCAAUGAAUUUUUCAGAGUUUAGAAAUUAAAAAAUAAAGAAUGGCAUUGACUAAGGUUAGUUUGUACACCAGGCUCAGAGACUAACACAGUGUCCAAUGGCCAUCCUGACCAAAGCCGCCCCUGUUUUGAAUGUGGAACACUUUAUUGACAUCAUGCCUGUGGCGUGGGAACUAAUGCUGGAAAGUGACCAGGAGCUUGCUGCUGCAGCAGGUGAGAUAAAUUAAUCUUCUUCUCAGCUGGCCCUACUGACAUGACAACUGUAGCUAAUCAUGCUGUAAUUAGCUGGUCUCACUGACAGGACAACUGUAGCUAAUCAUGCUUUACUCAGCGGGCCUAAACAUUUGUGACAUCCUAUUUGAGCGUGUGGUGUUAUGACUGAAGUCUCUAUAAAAAUGUCUGCAGCUUCUGUGUUCCUGCUUUCAUCUGCCAAGUCCUCAGACAAGGCCAGGAAUAUGAUCAUCAAAGAGCUUCAACAUGAAGAGACAAGCCAAAGGAUCAAUGCUGUGCUCAGGUGUGUUUAUCAUUUCCGGGCAUUGGUAGUUUUAAGUUUAAAAUAUUGAUUAAAUCACAGAUGGUAAUGUUUUUCAGUUUUCUCCUGGUAAAAGCGGUUCCUCUUAUUUGACUUGCUUUUUUUAUUUUUAUUAUUUUUUUUUUUACAUUUUUAUUUUACACAAAGGUUAAUGUUAAAAGUUAUUGUUAUUUCAUGCACACAUAUCACCCUGCAGAUUUGGCGCAUUGUGGAAAUUCCGCUACCAGGUGUGGCCGAGAAUGGAAGAAGGAGCAAAUAUGUACUUUAAGGUUUGCUAAAUAAGUAUUAUUUAGUUCAUAAAUAAUAACAGACAAAUCGUUGUUAUAGGAUUUGAGUAGGUUGUGCGUGUCAAAAUGGCCUCCUCCACAAUCGACCCAAUUUUUCAAUCUCUUUUCGACACCUUUACUCUACCAGAUCAAACCGCCAAUAUCUUCAACCCAAACCUGUUACAUUGAUCUUUUUUUUUCUGCGAAGUGCCACAUAUUUAUUCUAAGAAAUGAUUCAAUGAAAAUGAAAUCUGUAAUAUUAAAUUUGUUUCUUGUCUGCAGUUGCCACCGCCCAGCAUUGACUUUACUUUGCCCUCACCAACUAUUGGCCUCCCAAACUUGAUAGUUGUGGACCCACCUUGGAUGCCCCACUUCAAGACAAACAUUGAAGAGGUGACAGUCAAUCAAGAAGAAACUGUAAGUUUGUGAAAAUGAUUUUGCAUUAAAAAAAUUUCUUUGAAUCUAUUGUUGACCUCUGCUACAGUUCUACUUUGCUUUUAGAAUAAAGCUUAAUAAAAACUCUAUAUUUUAUAUAAAACUCCAUAUUUUAUAUAAAACUCAAUAUUCUAUAUAAAACUCUAUAUUCUGUAUAAAACUAUAUUCUAUAUAAAACUGUAUUUGUAUAAAACUCUAUAUUCUAUGUAAAACUCUUUGUUCUAUAUACAACUCUAUGUUCUAUAAAAAAAACCUCUAUAUUCCAAAUCUAAAUGAUCACUAAUUAAGUCAUUAUUGUCACUAAAGGAGCAUUGAUGGUUGAUUUCUAAGCUAGAGAAAUACCUAAGAUGUCUUGUGUUUAAAUUGUUAUAAAGUAGAACCCGGUUAUAUCGACGGCCUAGAGGUUUGCCUAAAAGCAUCGAGAUAACCGAUGAUCGAGAUAAAUGAAAACCAAUAUGGUGACAAUAUAUUAAAAUUUGCUUGAAAUUUCUUUAUGUACAUGAUGUGCAUUAAUAAAUGAGAGUGAGUCUACUACACUAAAUAAAGCCUAAAUUUUAGGCUAUGCCUAAUUUAAUAAUUUAAGUCAAUAAUUAAUAGGCUAUAGGGCCUAAGCCUAUUAUGUUUUAGGCCUAAACUAGGUCUAGGUUACUUUAUAUUAGAUAAGACUGACUGAAUUGACUGUAUCCUGUAUAUGAUUAGAAUAUUAAUAUUAUAAAUACUUUAUUUGUGAGGUACUCAUUUUAGUCUUAGUUUUAGGACAGCUUGUUUAGGCCCAUAUGUAGUAGACCUUCUUUCUAUUAACGAAUGUUAUAAAAAUUUAAGUUUUAUUUUAAAAAAAUAGAUUUAUAAUAUUAGGUACUUCACAUAGCGGCGUGGGCAGAUAGAUUUUUCUGAUGCCGGAAACAGAACAUAAACCGGUGAUCGGUCAAUGCCGGUAGGUCACGGGGUCAUAUGAAGAUCUAUAUUUUUGUCUACACAAGGGAGUGACAAUGAACUUAUUAUAGUCUGUUUUGUGCACAUGAGGAUGAUCAUUACAACAUAAACUUAGGGAUUCUUUCACUCCAGUAUUUUGAGAAACAAAUAAUUAUUUUUAAUUAUGCAAAACUUGUUUAUUUGUUGUUUGCUAUUUUUUCGUGCGGAGUUCAAAAACCGGUGAUCGGUCAGGGGAUCGAGAUAACCAAUGUUAAGUGGCAAAUUUGGCCGCCUUUUGUGCUUGAGAUAUCAGGGUUCGGCAACAUAAAAGAAUUGAAAUAACCGAGGAGAAAAUGCUAAGACAAAAGGGGAUUUUGGCGGUUCCACUUCAAAAACGUUGACAUAACAAGAUUGGCGAGUUAACCGAGGUCAAGAUGAGCGAGUUCGACUGUACUUGAAAAAUGUAGUCUUGGUUAAAAUAUUAUGUUUUCAUUUAUCUGCUGAAAAUGAAUAUGUACAAUGUAAUAAAAAACAUUUCCAUUUAUUUGGAUCAAUAAAGAAUCUUAUCUAUCUUAUAUAAAACUAUAUGCUAUAUAAAACUCUGUAUUCUUAUUAAAAUCUAAACUCUAUUCUAUAUAAAAUUAUAUUCUUUAUUUAACUAUAAACUAUAUAAAACAAUUUAUAUCAAAAUAUCUCCCAGAAAUCCCUAGUGACUGCAACCACCACAAGGCGUAAGCAGCAACAGGAGAUGAUUCGAAAAGCUCUUCUGGCAGAGGAGGAACGUAAGAGGGUAGGCAGGGAAAAUUUCCCCAUGACCACAGUUCCCAUAACUCAGUUGGCCGCCUAUGAACCUUCACUGCAUCAUGGAGAUGAAGGACAUGAGGAAGGUAAGAACUUUGAUACUGCUAAACAAUAUUUUUAAUGAUAUGUGGAAAGCUCAUUAUCUAAAUAACAACAUUGCACAUUUUGACCUUCAACACAAACCCUUAGUUUGACAUUGUUUAACAAAAUACCUUGCUGUAUAUAAUUGUAAGUUAAUUUUGAUCAUUUUUUAGAAAGUCUAUAGAUUUUACCACUACAAGUCUAGGCUAACAGUAAAAAUUAAACCUAGAAUUCCUAAAAGCUGGACACAGGACAGGCACUCUUGGAGGAAAUAAAGUAAUCUGUUAAAAAGCACUAGCUAACUCCUAACAUAAUGGCACAACUAAUUUAUCACUGCUCUCUGGACAAAGUAUCUGACACCAGGAGAAUUAGCAGGUUUUCUUUGACUUGGCUUUAGCUGUAGCCUACUCUAUUACACCAGAAACCAUGUUUAUCAAUCUAACAAUUUAUUGUGUAGUUCAUGCUCGAUUAAAGCUACCGGCUAAAGAACUUUUCGGACGGGUAGAAAGAAGCUGAUAAAAAAAAAAAACUUUAUUAUUUUUUUCUGUGUUCUUAAUUUGUAUAAUUAUUUCUGAUUUUUUUUUUUUUUUUUUUUUUUUUUUCUUUUUUUUUUAAAAAAAAAAAAUUUUUUUUUUUUUUUUUUGUUUUUAUUUUUUAUAAUUUUUUUUUAUUUUUUUUUUUUUUUUUUUUUUGCAUCAGCAUUUUUUACAGUAGAAGCUUCGGCUGAGAACAUAUUUUUGUAGCUAUCAUAAUACUGAAGCAGUUUUUAACAUUUUAAAAAUUGUGUAAGUGUUAGCAGUCCAAAAUUAGUAAUUAUAUGGAAAAAUCAGUGUUUUUCUUCAUAUCAUAAUCAUAAUUAUGGCAACUCAGAAUUUUGUUAUAUUUCUGUGUGUGUUUUUAUUAGCUUUCAAUCAUUUUAAAGCAAAACAAUGAUAAUGUAUUGCAUUCUCAGCACUUACGACGUGUCUACUGUGAAGCAUUAGAGAAUAUUUUCACUGCAUUUAUUUAAUUUUCUAAAAUUGACACAUAAAUCUAUCUGCAGUGUAGACAUUAUUUUCACAUUGUUAGUGUUUCUGGCCUGUUAGAUGAAGGAUUAUUUCACAAUUGGGUUUUCCAUUGACCUGGGACCUGGUGGACAGAUAGCCGUUACAGAUCUGUCGACCUGGUCUCUUAAAACAAAUACAAAUAAAUCCAGGCCUUAACCACUGACUCAGAGAUAGUCCCUGUCUACACUGUUUGUAAAGAAUUACCCUCCCAAGAUAUACAACAUCUUAUUACUAUAUCCAUUGUGCCAUAGUUGUGAAUAUUGUGACCGCGCAAAGCUUACAAAUUCUGCUGGCCCCUCAAAUCUGUUGGACAGAACUUUGAACGAAUGGAGUUUUUUGGAUGAAUUUUAUUAAAUGUGUAUUUGCCAUGCUUGUUGUGUUAUUGAAAAUAAUUUCAAUUAUUUAAAAAAAACAAAAAAAACUAAAGCAGUGGGUAAAAAAUGCAUACCAUUUUGCUAAAUCUAAGAGAAUUUAGGCAGGAACAAAUUUUAUAAUAGAUUUUAAUUACUAUUUUCUGGUAACACUUGAAUAGGCUCCCUUGGCAUAGAGUGGUGCUCCCUAAGCAAGGGAUGCAAUCAGAUUUAAUAUUUUAAGAGCAUUAAAAAACUUCUUGUGAAAUAGGGAAAUUUAAUUGGACAUUUAAAAGUAAGAUAAGUUCCCAUGGUAUGCAAAUGCAGUUAAAAAUUAUUAUUUUUUCCUUAAGUGGUAGUUAUUUACAUAAGUUUGUAAAGAACCUAUAACAUUUUUUACAUCAGUUUUUGAUGAAUGUCAUCUGACAUGGGGAACAUGUUAGCAAUAGUUUGCCAGGAGAAUGUGAGCUGAGUGAGAGGCAAGUUCACCUAUUGAAAAGUCCGACCUUUUUGAGGGGUUUUUUCAUGUUAUAGUUUAACAUAUUUGUUUUCUUCCUUUUUUUUUUUUAUUUAUUCCCCCACCCAUUGUAACAUGAAACAAUUUGAAUUUUUUUGUCAUUUGUAUCAAAUCCUUGCUCCCUAAAAUGUUUCAAACAAGGGAUUGUCUCUGUUUAAAUCAUUAAAAAAAUCCAACAAUAUCCACUAACAACAGAUGUUCAAUUAUAAAUAACACAUACAUCUGCACUGUUUUUGUUGUCCAGUUCAUUUGUCAAGAGAUAAAAGUUUCAAGCAUUAAAACCUAACCUGUAUCUACAACUGGAUUAUCAGCUUAUGUACAUUUUCUGACUGCAACUAUGUUUAUAAUUUCACCUUACACAAUUCAUUAUUCAUACACCCCCAGUUGCCUUAAUCCUCUUGUAACACCCACCUCUCCUGUGAUGACUUGUGGUUUAUUCUUUCAUUAACCAUUGAAUGACAAUUCACAGCGCGCACUGGUGCAAAGUGACAUUCCUUGCACAUAAUAAAAGCAGACGCAAUACCCUUUCAGAGCUGUGCAAGUAUGUCUUUGCUUUAGUUAUCUUGUACCAGCUUUAUUGACUAGAUAAUGUUAAUAAAUUUAAAGACACUUUCAAAUGCUGAAAUGGUCAAUCCCCUUUGAAAAUAAAUUUAUAUUUGAUACAGUUAUAGCAGACAUUGAAACUCUGCCAAGUGCCUUUUCAUCCCACUCUAUAUUCCUCUAUAUGUUACACUGUAACAAAAACUCACCUCCCUUCCUCCUCUUCCUCCCCUCCCAAUAUAUAAUCAACCAUAAAUUUAUAAGCAACAAGACAUACAUGCUGCUCAUGAUCGGGCUGGUCGUCUAGCGUGUCCACAUUUUUGUCACUUUUUGCCGGGGCGGGUUUCUCUUAGCUUGCGUAACUUGUGUGCCAUUGUUUGCUUGUUUGGACACGUCUGACAGUUGUGCAGGAAGAGAUGACACUGGCGGCACGACGUGUGUCAUUGGCCCCAACCAAUCGGGCAAAUAAUCAAAGCCGCAGCAUGUCCUGGCGAAACGGCAGUCUGCAUUGGGGUAGACUAGCCGCGGAAGGUAGUAAAAAUUAUGUUUUGUUAUGCUCUGUUUUUAGAUUUGGCUGGAGCUCGUUUUGUUCAGCUAGUUAGACUUGAUACUUUAGCUGUUGUUUACAGUGAAGAGUACACUAGUAGUUAAUUUUGAAUAACAAAAGUUAUGUCUAAGAAAAACAGAUUUUAAGGUUUAAAUUUUGUACAAAAUGAUAGUUCAGUCAGAGUCUUAUUCUUGUAAAUAAAGAAUAUAAACAGUUUUUUAAAGACAGCCAUCAUAUGCUUCCACAUUGGAAAUUUUUUCUUUUUAACCAAAAUAAAUGUUUAAAUGUUAACAUAUUUAAAAUAAUUAUGAUAACACCAGUUGUAAAACGUUGCUAAUUUGAAAGAGAAUAGUGUAUGGAUACUUGUUAAACUUAUAAAUAUAAAUUUUUCAAAAAUUAUUAUAUUUUUAAAAUACUUUUUACUAUUAUUAAAUCAAUUUUCAAUCAUUUAUGUUUUCAUGUUAUUGCACAUCAAGAAAUCAAAGCAUUAAAAGCUCUAUAGCACUUGCAGAAGUAAAUUAAAUUUGCAGAAGUAAAUUAAAUUUUAAUUUUAAGUCAUGGUUCAUGAAGCAAUUAAAGCAUUUAAUAACACUCGCAUAAUUGUAAAUAAUAAUAUUUUUAUCAAAGUCAUGGUUCAUUAUGCAUGUUGCUUACCAUCAUAAUAGUCUUGACUAACAAAAAUUUAUUUCAACCAAGAAAAGCAUGAUAUUUAUUCCAUUAUUUUGCUAGUUCCAAAACACAGCAGGAGUUACUAGAUAAUUUUGUUACACAUUAAACAUACACACCUAACAUUUCUUCUCAGAAUUGUAUUAGCCUUAAUUGAAAUUUUUUUAAAUGACAAGUGAACACCCUACUCCAAACUAGUGGUCGGCAUCCUUUUGACAUUAGUGUGCCAAAGUAAGACUUCUAAUUCAUUCAGUGUGCCAAAGUAAGACUUCUAAUUCAUUCAGUGUGCCAAAGUAAGACUUCUAAUUCAUUCAGUGUGUCAAAGUAAGACUUGUAAUUCAUUCAGCGUGCCAGUAAUUAGUAAGUCUACCAUUCAAGAUGCAAUUUUUAGACAUUUAUCAUUUUCUUUUAGUCUUCCAAAUCCCAAUGAAAAUCGGGCCAUGCCCUAAGUAUUUGCUGGUGCAUUUUUUCAAGAUAAGUAUAGCUGUGAUGGAACCAUGAUAAUUACCUUAAUGCGUAGCUUUAUGAGCAUGGUAUGGGUAUAGGCACUGGUUACUACACUCGAUUCUUUUUCUGUAAAUCAAUCAGAUAAUCUCACAACACAAGUGGUACAAUAUUGUUAUCCUAAUCAUCUUUAUUUGUAACUCUGAGCCAAAUUUAAUCUUUUUUCUAGCAGUCCUAGAAAGCUGAUAUUUGGUCCACAGCUUUGUAUUGGGGUUUGUUAAAUGGGUCAAAGUUAGAAAAUCCAUUCAUUUGUUUACCAACUAUGGAGUUCAAUUAUUACCUAUUUCGAUGGAUCAGGAAUUGCAGGCAAUUAACCAACUAUAUAAUGUGUUCAAGCGUAUGUAUAUAUAUUUUUACCCAGUGUUGUAAAUCCCCUGUAAUGAAGUCAGUAGGACAUCAGGCUGGUGUGAAAGUGGUAGGGAGUUUGAUCCUGGAUCUAUAAAAAUGUUAAAAACAUUUCUUAAAUUUGUUUUUUGACUUAAAAAUAAAACAUCAAAAAUAAAGUUUUGCUCCAAAAUUGUCAAUUUUCACCGCAUUCUGUUUUACUGAGUCAUUGAAAUCUGUUUAUCUUAAAUUAAUGUUUCUCUUAAAGUUUCUUGAUUAAACAUUUCCAAUUUGAAUUAUAUCUUUUUUUUAUAUACCAAAAUAAUAAAUAAAAUAAAUUGAAACCAGAAAAAAAUUAUUCUUUAUUUGGUCGUAAUUUGGAGAUUAUAUGUUUCCUUUGGGUAAGAAAGGCCUCAAUUUUACAUUAGACAUCCCUGUUAUGUUGCUUUUACCCUAACAUAUUUAGAUAUAUUUAAUGUGAAACACUGAAAGAAUUGUUCUUUUUACCAGCUUUAAACCUGAUAACUUAUAGUCGGAUGUUUUCACAUGAACAUCUUUGUCAGAACAAACAUAUACUUUUUCUAUGACAGAGACAUCUCCUCUAGGAAAGCAAUACUAUACAGUUCAAUGCUUUUAACCAAAGCUACAUAAAAACAGUUUGUAGAUAACUUAGUUGUAGAUACUAUCAAGAGAUUUGCACACAGUUUGAAGAUAAUAUAGUUGUACCUGCCAUAAAGAGAUGUACUCAUUCCCAUGUUUCAAUGUGUGCCUUUACUUUGACUCUGUUAAUAUUUUACGUUUUUAGCAUACUCCGGAAAUUUUUACAAAUUAAUUGCGUGGAAGGCAAUGGCUUAGUUUGGAGACUGACAUUUGAAAGCUGUAGAGAUAAACAACACUUAAACCAUCAUUGAAAGCAAUAGUGAUUAUACGAACAAUAGUAAAGAUAUUUUGUGGAAAUUAUGACUUUUGAAAAUGUAGAACUCAAAUGUCAUUGCAAUUUCUGUAUAAUCGUUAAAUAUUACAAUGUUCAAAACAAUCCAUUGUAUGUCCCAGAUAUUCUUAAAAAAAGCAAUUCAAAGUGGCUGGAAGAAAAACCAAUGGAUACAUGUAUCAAUUAUUUGAAGGUUUUCCAGGUUUCAGUUUAUGCCAAGGUUUUGAAUCAAAUUUAUGUUUUCAAUAAGAUUUUUUUUAAAUGCUUAAUUCUAAACUUUAGAUUCAGAUUAAAGUUCUUCCUUGGCAACCUUAUGAAAUAAUGAAUCAUUAAGCUAACUGCUAGUCAUGUAUUCCCUGACUUUUAUCAUUCUUAUGAUACUUAUAUGUAACCCUACUGUGAUAAGCCAACACUGAUGACAGACUGCCAUACUUAACAGGAGAUGAGGAUAGACCGGAGCACGGCCACCACCUGCAGACGGCUCAGUCAGUCUUCCCAUCAUGCAUCUGUGCAGCUGUUCUGCCAGUUCUACACCUGCUGGAUGACCAUGAUGUCAACGCAGAUGGUGUUUCUGGUAACUUAAUGUUGGCAUUACUUAUCUUAAUGUGAAGAAGAAAUCAUUUGAAUGGCAUCAGAAAAUGUUGGCAGUGAGAAAAUUUAGAAAUGAAUUUGCAUCACAAUAGUACAUUUGUUUGUGAAAUCAUUAAAAACAAUUUAUUUUCUUAUAAUUUAAUUAUAAUGUAUUUUGAUAAUUCUUUGGCCUCUGUUACAUUGACUUUGAUAUUUGAAUUUAUUAAACUUUUAAAACGAUUAGAAAAUGAUUGAGACUGAUCACUGUGCAUGUCUUUGUGAAUUGUAGUUGCUGAAGUGGCCAACAAAGUCAUAUGGGACUGCAUCGUUGAUGAUCCCAUCCUCUUCCUUAGGCACUUCUUGGAAAAACUCACCAUCAGGGACAGGCAGGUUUGUAAAUUGAUGAAGGCACUUUAUUUUAAAUCUUAAAAAAAAAAGAUCGGUCUCAUUCCUUCACUGUUAAAAUAAUUUACUAUUGGGGAGUUCAUUGUUAAAAUAAUUUACUAUUGAGGAGUUCAUUGUUAAAAUAAUUUACUAUUGGGGAGUUCAUUGUUAAAAUAAUUUACUAUUGGGGAGUUCAUUGUUAAAAUAAUUUACUAUUGGGGAGUUCAUUGUUAAAAUAAUUUACUAUUGGGGAGUUCAUUGUUAAAAUAAUUUACUAUUGGGGAGUUCAUUGUUAAAAUAAUUUACUAUUGGGGAGUUCAUUGUUAAAAUAAUUUACUAUUGGGGAGUUCAUUGUUAAAAUAAUUUACUAUUGGGGAGUUCAUUGUUAAAAGGUUUAAAAAAUUUUUAUAGAUCAAAACAAACUGAGUCUCAAACUUUUAAUAUGAAACAAGCAAACAUUUAAAGGAGAAAAUUGAGAUGUAUCUUUGUAGGAGGAGCUAAUUAAUAAGAUAUAUGUUUGAAGGAUGAGCUAAUUAAUAAGAUGUAUGUUUGUAGGAGGAGCUAAUUAAUAAGAUGUAUGUUUGUAGGAGGAGCUAAUUAAUAAGAUGUAUGUUUGUAGGAGGAGCUAAUUAAUAAGAUGUAUGUUUGUAGGUGGAGCUUAUUAAUAAGAUGUAUGUUUGUAGGAGGAGCUAAUUAAUAAAAUUUACGUUUGUAGGAGGAGCUGAUGUUUCUGCUGCGUAAGCUGAUCUUGUAUUUUCCCCAAAUGCCGGCCCAAGCAGCUCAUUCUAUCUUCAACUACUUGGUGAGUAACUUCAUGUUUUACUCUGAGAAAGAUAGUCAUUAUACGUAAUAUAUUCAUAAUCUACCUAUGUGUAUAACCACAACACUGGACACAAAGAAGUACUGUCAGCUCCCACCACUUGCUGUUGAGAGCUUCUGGCCAACUCUACAAACAGUAAUGUGAGUGAAGUCCUUAAUAGACGUAUGAGGCUAACCUCUAACAGCACACUUCUGGGGGAACUGUACAUCAACCCUCUGAACUAAAUGAGACCUAACUAUACUGACCUCUCUCAACACGUCUCGAGAACUAAAAUCAACUAAACUGUUGUCUUGCUCACAAACCGUAUGACUUAUAUUCUUACAAACUUGUUUUUUAUGAUUUUUAAAAAAAAAACUAAAAAAACUUUGGACAGCAACAAUCCUCCUGCCAAGUGUAAUAAAGAUGGUUUCAAAAAUAAGCACAAAAUCUUAACCACUAUUAAAGAAAAUAUAUUACGGACUGCUUGAAGUCAAGCAGUGUGAAGGAAUUAUUGGAAGAAGAUAUGAUAAGGCUUACAAUCAAAAGACAGGACAUAUCAAGCGUAAACAUGUCUUGUCCCUAUAUUAUCACUUUUGAGGGAUUAAAAUAACUCUUGUUAGUGUGUACUUGGUGUGAACAUUAGAGGUAUUAUUGCGGCUGAUUGUUUUGUCGUAUCAUUAAAAAAAAUAAAAAUAUAAUAGGAAAAGUCACAACUGUAAAGAUUUUCUUUUUAAAAAGGAAAACAACUUAUUUUCUUUAAUAUUCCUCUUUAUUUUAGUUACAUACCUAAGAAGAGACUCAUGUAAAGGUUUUGUCCUGAUAACUCCUUGUUUUAAAUAAAAAACUAAUUUCUCUUUUGCUAGAUUGGUUACAUAAUGUUCUAUGUGAGAACACCAUGCGAAGGGGGUCAAGAUGCUAUCUCAGGAGCCCUCUCCCUUCUAUGGCUUGUAAGUUCAUGAAUUCACCACAGAGCUGUUUAUAAACUGUUCAUGUUUAAUAUAGUUGAAUUUUUGAGUUUUAUGAUUAUGCCAUAUGUGUGUCAUUUUAUGUGGUAUAAUUUAUUCUGUAAUAUAGUUUUGAAUAGACUGGCAUCUAAAGAAACAAUUGUUUUUCAAAAUGGCCUUUAGUUGCUCCACUAUCCUAAAACUAUCAAAUUUAUAUUUCAGUGCAUCCCCAGUGUUGAGGGGAUUUAUUUCAAGGACCUGAAGCAGACUCUGAAGAAAGAACAAUGUGAUGUGAGUUCAUUUAUUUAUUUUAAUUUCAAUUUAAUAAUAAUAAACAAAAUAGCAUAUAAUUUGAGUAGAAAUAAGUUAGUGUUUUCUGAUGCAGAGUUUAGGAACUUUUUUUAAUAUAGAGAAGAGUCAGAGUAACAAAACAGUCCUUAAACUUCAGACCCAUAGAACCACACUUUCUCAUUCCAUUGAACAACAGUUUCUAAAAAGUGCAGUGAUUAGGGGAUUGAAUGUAAAUGCUGCUUGAACGUUAGAUACAAGAUGUGAUUGUGAUUUUUUUUCCACAAACAUUUUUCAAAAUUGAUUUAAUGAUAAUUUUAAUAAAGUUAUUAUUUUGGUAUGUACCCCACCCCCAAGAAUAGAAAAAUAACUUAAAAACUGGCAUAAUUUUUAAUUUUUAUUUCUAUAAUUUAAUUACUUUUAAAAAUGAAACUUGCGUGACACCCAUAACUUUGGGAACAGAGCUGUAGAGAAACACAAAAGAUGUCUGUAUUAAACUCAAGUUCCAGGAAAGCUAUCCCAGUUUUUUUAAAAACACCACUUAUAUUGAACAUUUAAACCUUUUUCAUAUGUAUCAUCUGUUUAUAUCUUUCAGCCUUACCUGCUUGUGUCUGCUAGUGUGGCCAGUGCCAAGAAAAUAUUGGUUCAUGGCCCAGACCUCUCAAGUAUUCCUUCUCAGCUGCCAAUCCAUGAGGUACUAAUAGACUAGAUAAUCAUUUCUCGUUUCAAUUUGCAAAGUGCUGAAUCUCAGUAUGUAAUUCAAAUCAUGUUAACAAUUAUUCUAUUAUCACUUUCUUUGAUAAUUUAAAAAAUGCAUUCAAAUUUUCCCUUAUCAUUAUCAAGAUUUUUCUAUAGGUUAGUGCAGACAUCAGUAAGACAUUUUCAGAAUAUAAAAUAGAUACGUUAUAGGAAUUAAAUUAUUACUUUUAUGGCUUUUCUUUCGAUAGGGUUUCUUGAUUUGGCUAUGCAUUUUUUAUGCUGCUUAAUGACAUAUAUGUUAACAUAUUUUGAAGCAUUUCAAUGUGAGCUCAAGUUUAUAGUUUAUUGGAGAUAAUUGUUGCUUUUUUUUAUUCCACACAGGAUACCCAGUUCUAUCAAAUCUUACAAGAAAGUUUGGAGUUCUUCAACAUACCAGAGGACCAACAUGACUGCCAUUUCUUGGUGGACACAAAAACUCGUACGUUUUCUUAGCGAUAUUAUUUAUGGAUUAAUUUUCAGUUUCAUUUUGUUUCGUUUCUCAUCAAUUUUGUUUUCUAAUUAUUCAUUCUGAAACUGUUAAAUACUUCUAUACUAUUUAGCACUGGACUAAAUGUUUUUAAUGAGAAAAGGUAGAAAAACUAUAAACUUCAGCCCUGUGGCGUAGCUAGGGUGGGUGUCACCCGGUGCCGUAAACUCAUGGUGUCACCCGUAGCUAGGGUGGGUGUCACCCGGUGCUGUAAACUCAUGGUGUCACCCGUAGCUAGGGUGGGUGUCACCCGGUGCCGUAAACUCAUGGUGUCACCCGUAGCUAGGGUGGGUGUCACCCGGUGCUGUAAACUCAUGGUGUCACCCGUAGCUGUAAACUCAUGGUUCCCCCCCCCCUCCCCUUCCCCCUUCCCCAACUUCCACAGUUGAUUUCUUCUUGUUAAAAUAAGUCCACAGUGUAACAAUGACAAGAACAAAAACAUAUUAAUUGAAGGUCAGGAGGUAAGGAACGUAACAUUAAGUUAUAGUUAUUUUUACAUUAAAUUUGCUUUAUUUAAAACUUUCCUUUCCUGGUCUUCAAAGCUACAAACCUGUCAAUAGAGCUCAAAUUUUAAUGGGCAGUGCUAGUGACGAAUCGGCCAAAAUAUAUUUAGUAUUUCUGGGUUUAAAUAUAUUUGGUUUCAAAACCAUUUAAAAACAAUUUUUAAAUAAAUUUAAAUAAAUUAUUAAAAGAUAUUGCAUUUUUUAAAAUAUUAUUUUGUUAACCCUAUUGUUACGCACUGACUUGUAUUGGGAGAAAUUAAUCUCCUAAUUUAAAUUUAUGGCUCGUUCAAACAGUGCCUAACAAAGGACGAUACCAUAUAGAAAUACAAUAACACAAGUACAACACCCAAAACAGUACCAAUUACAAUUAAUAAGAUUUAUUCAGUAGUAAUACAAUUAUAAACAAAAGAAAUAUAAUUACAAAUCAUCAACUUACAGAGUAUGGUAGAACUGGUACUGGUACAAUAUUAGUACAAUGUGCCAAUGAAUGAAGAAUGUGAAUAAAGACAUAUAAUUACACAAAGAAUAAUACAUGUCUCGUAAAGUUAAUAAAACCUAUCUGAAUCUCCGUCUCUGAAUCUCUCUCUCUGUGCCUGUCAAUCCUUUAUAUAUGUGGGUCUACCGACGCGUCUAGAAAACGCCUUUACUUUUCUAGAACAAAUCGAGAUCAUUCUACAAAAUACUAGGAGACAGUCUAACAUGUUUAAUCGGUAAACACGGUUGUAAACAAGAUACAUCAAACGAAUAGGCCACGCCCACAACAAACGCUAACAUCUGCUAGGGAUCUAAUUUGGGUCAAGCAAAAUUCAAGCACGGGGAAUGUAUGCUACAUAACACCUAUAAAUGGGUGAAAAUUCAUUUUUACAUUUUUUAAUUUUUACUGAAAAAGAUUCAUGUACUUAGAAUCACCUGACCACAUCGUAUUUGGUGGUAUCAUUGGAAAGCUUUACUUCUCAGAAUUUAGAUAAAUAUAGCUUCCUGUCACCAAAGUUACCGAACAAUUCAUUCAGUGUUGAAUCAUGGUCAAAGCGGUGUUUUUCUGACCUUAUUAUAGGGUCACCUCAUUUCUGACACAUCAACAUAGAACUUUUAAUAAAGCACGCAUUUGGAUUGGUUACAUAUGAGGUAAACGUAAGUGUGAUCGAUUAUCCUUUUAUGAAAUUCAAUUAGACCGAGCAGUGUAUGUAUGCUCUGUAAAUAUGCAAUUUUUCAAUUUUGUGUCACCCCCUUGAGAUGGUGUCACCCGAUGUGGUCUGCGUCCCCUAGCUAUGCCACUCCGGCCAAGUUAACUGUCUUAUUUUAUUUUAUGGUAACAUUAAAAUGUGCAUAUCCGAAAGAAUGCUUCAAAGAAUAACAAAUUUUGAUGGAUGUCUUCACAGACCAAAUCCACAGUAACAAUGCUUAUGUCAGAGAUUUCUACUUUUUCCGGAGAAAUUUCUACCCCCAACUUAGUUUGGUACACAUGAACCCAGAAGAUGCAGCGUUGGCUCUGCAGAGAAGGGUAAGAAAUUAUUUGAAUGAAAAUUAUGAGAUAGACAGUUUUAUGCAUACUUCAAAUACACAAAUAGGUGUCAAUCAUAAUUGUAAUAGUUCAGUUAUUUCUCAUUCAUUCUCUCUCUUCAACUCAAGCCUUUGGGCCUAGAAACAUUUGACCUAUUUAAAGAAUAUCUUAUGGUUAUUUGUGUUUGUCAGGCACUGGAACUGUUUUCUUUACAAUUUUAGAGUUUGUUUUGUUGAAACCUGAAAGUGGAACUGAUCGUCUCUGAUUGACUCAACAGGUUUUCAUGCUGAAGUUUGUGGAAGUGGGUAAAGUCUUGUUGACGCAAGCGGUGAUGAAGAGCACGCCUCCUCACCAGGUGGGGCUAUUUGAAAAUAAAAUCGCAUUCCUUUAAAAAAUUUUAAUGUAAGUCUAACUCAUUGGUUCCCAAAGUGUGUGCCGCCACGCCCUGAGGAGCCACAGCUUCCUCACAAGGGUGCCUUGUUAUUUAAAAAUGUUGAUGAUAUAUUUCCCUUUUCAAACAAUGCAUUACAAUGAGACUUAAUAAUAGCUGUUUGCAAACACAUCUACAAAUGGCUACUUGUUUGCUCUGUGUUAUCUUUUAUAUACAGCUUUUAUUUAUUAUUGGAUAUUUGGAAAGACGAUCUAAAAUUUGACACAGGCCGCUAGGGAAAAACCUGGAUUCAGCAAGGGCAAAAAAAAUAUUCCAAAUUUGGGAACCAUUGGGUUAAACAAUAUCAAGUUCAGCUUUUAAAAAUAAUAUAACUUAUUUUCUUUCAAUAUUUCUUUCAUUGUAUAUAUGUCUCUAUAUCUUCAUUUACUUGGCAUUGGUCAUUUACUUGACAUCAUCUAUAGUUUAGCAUAUAAUCCUGUGUUUAAAAGCAAUAGAAUUUAUUACUAAAAAAUGUAUUUUAUGUGCUAUCAAAUAUCUAAGCUGGAUAGAAUCCAGACAUAUAAUCUUUGUCAUCAGUUAACAUGGAAUAAAAAGCAAAUGAAUUUCUAUUUGAACUUAAUUUAAAUAUUUGUUUGUAAUUAAAUAAUGCAAUGAAAGCUGAGUCAGCAAAUUUGAAAAAAAAAAAAAAAAAAAAAAUUUUAAAAAAAAAAAAUAUCAGUUAACAUGGAAUAAAAAGAAAAUGAAUUUUUAUUUGAACUUAAUUUAAAUAUUUUUUUGUAAUUAAAUAAUGAAAUAAAAGCUGAGUCAGCAAAUUUGAAAAAAAAAAAAAAAAAAAAAUUUUGAAAAUGAAAGAUGGCAUUUCUUUAUUUGACCUUGACCUCUGGGCAUAUUGAUAUUUUAUGGCACAUGUUUUAUUGGAAAGUUGGUAGCUAAUUAUUCAUAUAAUCAAAUCGUUCACCCUUUCUUUUAACCAAUUACAUUAUCUUAAACAUGAUAUCAAUACGGUUUUAUUUAUUGUGUGAUCUUGUACUGAGAGAUUUUGGGCAUUCGUUUUUAUUAUUUUCCAAGUUGUAUAAUAAAAUUUAUCAGAAGUUUGUUAAAAUUCCAUUUUAAAGUGAUCAUGGCUCAGGAUAUUUUUUUUUAAUACAAAAAAAAGACAAAAACAAUAUAUUUAAAUAAAGUAAUAUAUUUGAUAAAAUCAGAAACAGACCUGUUUACGCUUUACAAUGUAUGAUAUUGAGGUGUAUAAAUUAUAUGUACUGUAUGUUUAUUUUUUACUAUUAAAAUAAUGCAUUGAACGGUUUUGUGAUGAUAUUGUACGAUUUUAAGAUUUGGAGGGUAAACAGAUCUGCAGAAACAUGUACUGAAACAUUAGUGGGGGUUUUCUGUUGGUAUAGGAUACAUACAUGUUUAGAACCCAUCAAAUAAAGCAUUGUCUAUCCCUGCAUAGUAGCUCCUGCUCAUAAUCAAUCAUCCUCUUCUUGGUUUGAUUAACCAACUGCUUUUCUAUAUCUAUUGAAUCUAAUCUUGCUUGGUAUGGAGUAUGGCUCAUAUCAUCUGUCAUUCUAGUUUUUUUUUAAAGCACUGCAUCUAUUAACAAUAUAAUAGAGAAAAAAAAAUCAAUGUAAUGUGAACAGCCCUGGUAGGCAACAACUAUUUAGAAACACUUACCAACACUUUUAAAUUUAUGGAUUUAAUACCUGACAUUUUCUCCUGUAUAUCAUUUGAUUAAAGUCACUCAUGACUUAUUUUCUCAAGACUUGGUUACAUGCUUAGCUAGUGCAAGUUAUAACUGACAUUUCCAUCAGUUUUGAAUAUUGUGACAGACACGAUAAGUUAUGAAAUUUAACCAACACUUCUUUGCAGACAACUGUGCCAGGCAAGGAACACUGACUAGCUUUAUUACAUAACUUUAUGUGGUAGAGCUCUUCUCAAGUAGAGCCCUUCUCACUUUAAACCCUGGGUAAAUGGUUUUUGCUCUCUGGCAGACCGACAUUAAUAUCUGCUGAAGCGUUACUGAGCAGGACGCUCUUGAACGGCCGCUCACGAAGAACAGCGUCCAGGACCCCGGUCCGACAUAUUCGUAACCGUUAAAGUCAAAACCAGGAUCAAGGACCCCCCCACUGCUUAACAGUGGACGCGGAUAGCCUGGCUUACGGAACCCCCCCAUGCAACCGGGGGGCCGUCUGUUCAAAUGGGCCCGGUUGUGAAACCGACCAGGCUGGGCAGAAGACUACUACGAGCAAGAAAUCUUCCCGCCGCCACGGACAUCCCGAGACUCCGAACAUUGUCUAUUUUGGGGCAUGCGCCACAAAAACCAGCCUUUCUACCUUCCGUGGGACUUCGACUCUCUCCGUUAGCGACCGGGCACUAGUGCCCUGAGCGCAGGAACAAGCCGGCACAAUGAGGCAUAGAACACCGAGACACGACCCGGGCCCCACCCCACCGGCCAGGAACAGGGGGCAACGGCUCCGAGAUGCCCGCGGGUCAUCCCCCCGCGGCGCCAGGAUCCCCCAGGAUCUAGACUUUAGCCCAUGGACGAUUGCCACAAUCUUUGCCGAAGACGAAACCACUUUCCACCACUGUUCACCAUCUACGCAGGGUACGGCAAGCCGUAUCGUGCCCUACUCCGGUGACUUCGUUGCUCCAAACUGUGCCUUUCCCACUUUGUCACUUCUUACAACGUGGCACAGAUGGAAAUCAUCAUAUCCAUAAUUGAAGCUUUCAAGGGCGAGGGGAGCACCUCUCGCCCUUGACCCCGUUCUGUCCGCCUGCGCGUAUUCGGUCUGGCCACACCGGGUCAGACCUUAUUGAAGCGCAUAACCGAUGUCCGGGGGGAACGACCCCGGUCAUCGGCCAUCCCGUUAACCGCAACCUAUGGAGACGUGGAAUCCCGCUGGGGCCGCCGGGCGGGCCUCGUCUGGCCGGGGUCAUCCCAGUUCUACAUGAACAGGGACCCACUCCAGGCCCGAUGAUCCAACACCGCCAACAACAGCGGCAACUGCUGCUACCGGCCAGUUCACCAGACCGCGGCACCACGACUUCAAAUCCCCCGAUUGAGUCGCUUAGCUGCUGGCACCAGACUUGCCCUCUGGCAGUUACGUUUGCAAAUAUUCUUGAAGACUGGCCUUAUUCUAUCCAUCAGUGGUCACCUAGCUGUGGGAUAUGAUUAACUUGUUUCCAGGAUUUUUUUUGCAGCCUGUGUCUAAACAUGGUCAUCUAUCAUCCUCCAGUCCAUGUAUGGGUAAAUCUUUGUGUCUUUCAUCUGGUGAUUUUAAAUCUAGGACAUGAUGGUCAACAUUCUCAAAGUAUUUUGCAUUGAAAAAUAAAUCACUAGAUUUAGCUAAUGUUGUAAUUUAUGAAGUAUGUCAAAAAGUUUGAUCACUUACUUUCAGGAACUAGUUUUUUUUCACCCAAUAUUUUCACUGAAAUUAGAAACUAGCUUUCAGUUUCAUUUAAUUUGGUCGCUUCAUCUAUGUAGCAAUGUCAAUGCUCUAUUAAAAACCUGAUAGCUUUUGCAUAUUUAUUGAAAUGGCUACUGUUAAUUUUUGAAAUUUGAAUUGAAGCUGGUUUGAACUUAAUGCCAGUAUAUACUAAUUUACAAAACAACUUCUGGACUUUUGAUAAUAAGGGUAAAAUGUCUUAAAAAAGCUAAAUCUCAUUUUUAGAACAAAAGUUACAGGAAGUUACAUUACAAAAUCUGUGUACUAAACAAUUAAUGAUUCAUUAAUAAUUAAAUUUAUUAAUAUUUAAAACAAUUUUUAAUAAAUAUUUUCCUGUAUUUUCUGACUAAUUGAACAAAAUAUAUUUUUAUUUAGUGAAACAUUUUGUGCAUUUAUCUAUUGACAAGUAAUUCUAGUGCUAUGUUAACAGUUGCCACUUGAAUGAAUUAAAAUCUUAACUUAACUUUCAGUAUAAUGUGUCAUUUCAUGAUAAUUUAAUGGCCAAGGGUAUAGUCAAUAUGUCACAUGAUCUCUGAAUGCUACUCUUCUAUAUAAUGCUUGCUUGGCUUUGGCUAUCAUGUCUUGGUGUUGGUUUUUCCCUAUCUAACUCUGCAUGCCCUGUGUGACUGCUUCCUGGCCGGUCAUUCUCAUGACUGCUCCUCACUGGAAGUGGGUCACACAGGGUGCGGGGCUCAGCAGAGUUUAUAACCAUUUCAGAUACAGAAUCAUGUGUCCUUUCUCCACGAAGAGCUGACCAAGCUGCCCUCUUUCCCCCGCAAGGCUUUGGAAUCAGAAUUUGACAUGUAUUCAGGCGUUUGGGGACAGGUUAGUGAUUUUUUUUAUAUAAAAGUGUGGCGAGUUUCUUGAACUGGGGUCACACUUGAAAUAAAAAAAGGAAGAUAGAACAGUGACUCUCAUACUAUUCAGUGUCAUUAUAAGUAAUAAGGUAUACACAGCAGCAACAACCAGUCUCAUUUUUUUUAAUUACUAUGGUAAAAAUUCUUAAAUUUGUUCCACCUUGAGUGGAUUAGCCAUUCAUGUCUCACCCAUUGGUCUACUGCACUAGAGAAAUGAGAGGAAAUAACAUUGCGUGAACAUCAAUGGCUAAAAACAACAACAACAUUUAGUGAACUUCAUCAGUGGUUUAAACAGCAAUAUUAUUUUAUUAACUGUGGUUUGAAAGAUUUUUCUCAUAGACUUUGGAUACCUUAGAUUCUGCUUUCUGUUUCUAUGGCUGGCCGACAUCAGACAAAACUGUUCAAGUCUUACUCAUAACUUAAUAACACUUGCCAAUAGAUAAUUUAAAAUUACUGAAGACCAAGAAUUUGUUUAAUGCCACAUAUUUCAUUUUGUUGGUGUCUGGUUUGGUUUAAAAUGUUGCUACAUGUCCAGUACUUGAUUUUAGUUUGAUGCCAGGAGAUGGGAAUAAGCCUAAAGUUUUUAUUAGGAGCCAAAUAAUGGCUUAAACCAAUCUAUCAAUCUAGAGUGUUGAUAGGAGUGGUACUUUUGAUAGACACAAUGUGCUUGUGACUCACUGUGGUACUUUUGAUAGACACAAUGUGCUUGUGACUCACUGUGGUACUUUUGAUAGACACAAUGUGCUUGUGACUCACUGUGGUACUUUUGAUAGACACAAUGUGCUUGUGACUCACUGUGGUACUUUUGAUAGACACAAUGUGCUUGUGACUCACUGUGGUACUUUUGAUAGACACAAUGUGCUUGUGACUCACUGUGGUACUUUUGAUAGACACAAUGUGCUUGUGACUCACUGUGGUACUUUUGAUAGACACAAUGUGCUUGUGACUCACUGUGGUACUUUUGAUAGACACAAUGUGCUUGUGACUCACUGUGGUACUUUUGAUAGACACAAUGUGCUUGUGACUCACUGUGGUACUUUUGAUAGACACAAUGUGCUUGUGACUCACUGUGGUACUUUUGAUAGACACAAUGUGCUUGUGACUCACUGUGGUACUUUUGAUAGACACAAUGUGCUUGUGACUCACUGUGGUACUUUUGAUAGACACAAUGUGCUUGUGACUCACUGUGGUACUUUUGAUAGACACAAUGUGCUUGUGACUCACUGUGGUACUUUUGAUAGACACAAUGUGCUUGUGACUCACUGUGGUACUUUUGAUAGACACAAUGUGCUUGUGACUCACUGUGGUACUUUUGAUAGACACAAUGUGCUUGUGACUCACUGUGGUACUUUUGAUAGACACAAUGUGCUUGUGACUCACUGUGGUACUUUUGAUAGACACAAUGUGCUUGUGACUCACUGUGGUACUUUUGAUAGACACAAUGUGCUUGUGACUCACUGUGGUACUUUUGAUAGACACAAUGUGCUUGUGACUCGCUUCUAGAAAUGAACUUAACAAAUGUUUAACAUCUAAGUAUUUUAAAGUAAAUCUGAUGGACAUUUAAAAGAGUUAACGUUAUCCUAAAAAUAUUGGCAGAGUUUGGUUCAAUGAAUGCUCCCUAUUAGGAAUGACUUAAACAGACUUCAUUAAGUUAGAUUUUGUGGAACAGAACAAGAAAAUAAAUUAAAAUUUUCCAUUGUUGUUUUUUUUUGUUCCAGGAAAUCUUUGGCAUGGAUUCACUACAUAAAUACUCCUGGGCUAAGGUGACUUGAGCUUUUCUCUUUGAUGUUAUAAACAUUGGCUUGUGUGUCAGACAGAGUGGUAAACAAAGUUCAGUUGAUAUAUAGCUCAAGAAUAUACCAAGUUUGAGAAUUUAUAAAUAAAUUGUUUUAUAAAUGCAUAAAUAUUUAACAGUUUUAGAAAUUCAGAUGGGCAUCACUCGAUAGAGUAGAAGAUAUGAGGGCUUCUGUGCUAAUCCCUUCAGAUAGAGUAGAAGAUAUGAGGGUUUCUGUGCUAAUCCCUUCAGAUAGAGUAGAAGAUAUGAGGGCUUCUGUGCUAAUCUGGGGAUUUAUGGGUUAUCUAACCUUUGUAGUUAGAAAACAAGUUAUUUCCCUGGUCAGAAGUCACCAACAAUUUAGUCAGGAACUACACUGAUAUUGUAAGAGUUUCUACGACUAUGAUGUUAUGAAUUUAGAUAAAAUUUCAUUAUUAUAUAAUGUAUUUUCUCACUUGCCUUAAAUCCAUACUAGCAGAAAUGAUUUACUUAACAUCUUUUUGUCUUAUUCUUGUUUAAAAAACACCAAAAUUGUUAAAUAAACUCUCUAAAUAAAUAUUUGAACCCUAAUGAAAUAGAGUUUUAACAAAAAAUUUGUUUCUCAGACCUCUAGAACAAAAUUAUAUUCUACUAAAGCAGUGGUUCUCAACCUUCCUAAUGCCGCAACCCUUUAACAGAGCUCCUCAUGUUGUGGCGACCCCCAGCCACAAAUUAUUUUAGUUUUUACUUCUUAUAAUAUAGAGCAUAUGUGUUUUCAGUUGGUCUUGGGCGACCCCUGGAAAGGGUCGUGCGACCCCCAGGUUGAGAACUGCUGUAAAAAAGGAAGAAAUGUGAUUUCCUUGUAUGGGAAAUUUUGCUUGGAUUUAUAUACGUUUUAAUUUUUACCUUACCUGUGAGGAAAAUUAGUUUCCCUUUUCAUGAUAUUAAAUCAUGGAACUAUUGAAGGCACAUGCUAUAUUUUUUACCCCCCAAACACAGUUUAAAGGGAAAAAUUCCUCUUAUUUCAUCAAGUCAGCCUGACAUUGAACACACCUACUCAACAGCUGAUGGCCUUUCUAAUAUUAUUUGACAGACCCUAAAUUUAAUGGAAUGAUUCCAAAUGUCUUAACAUUUUGUAUUUUUCAGAUGUUUCUUUACAUGAACUUUUUAAUCCGCACAAUUUAACAGUCUUUAUUUUAUUUGGACAAUUAUAAAAAUAUUGCUUUACUCUAGCAGAUGUAUCAAAUCUCUUUACGAAUGUUGACACCGGUUUCCUCCCUUUCUGUUAAGCACCACCAUGUUUUUUAUAUAAAUGUUUUUUUUGCCUUCUUCACCUCCACAAUUUCUAUACAGCUGAUGAGGACGGUCUUCAGCUCCAUGUCCAGCACCUUCACCUGGUCAAAUGACCUUAACCUUUUCAUCAAUGUCCUCAACGGGACAAUCGUCCUUCAGUUUGAGGACACUGCCAUACUUCGAUUCUGUUUAGCCACUCUUAUCAACGCCUCUCGGCACUUUAAGCACAUUUUUGCAACCAACGGGUGGGUCUUUGACAUUAAUGCAUGGCACUUGCCUGUCGUGAUGACCAAGACAUUAAGGAUAUGGGCUUUGGUAGAAUGUAGUUUGACACUCCCUUUGUGCAUUGUUGUCUUUUGGUUGCAAAACAUCAGCUGCUUCCAGUUUUAUUUCUAGUUUUUUAAGGGGAUAUGGGAUCAAACAACUUAUUUUAUUUUCAUUUGAAGGCUAUAAAGGAUCAAAUAACUUAUUUUAUUUUCAUUUGAAGGCUAUAAAGGAUCAAAUAACUUAUUUUAUUUUUAUGUUAAGGGCAUACAGGAUCAAACAAAUAUUUUUUUUUUGUAAAGGGCAUACAGGAUCAGACAAAGAAUUUAAUUAUAAAAAGCAUGUGAUUGAUAUGAACAGGGUUGUCAAACAAGUGACUAUGGACUGCAUGUGGCCCACCAAGCCUUUAACCGCAGCCCCGGUAGCCCCCAUUGCUCACAUAACAAAUGUGUCAUUAGAUAAUUCCUAACUGCAGCCCUGGUCGCCCCCAUUGCACACAUAACAAAUGUGCCAUUAGAUAAUUCCUAACUGCAGCCCCUGUAGGCCCAAUCGCACACAAAAUAAAUAAAUGUGCCUUUAAAUAAUUCCUAACUGCAGCCCCCAUAGCCCCCAUUGCACACAAAAUAAAUAAAUGUGCCAAUAGAUAAUUACUAACUGCAGCCCCUGUAGCCCCCAUUGCACACAAAAUAAAUAAAUGUGCCUUUAAAUAAUUCCUAACUGCUUAUGUUUUAGGCUAUAGAUGUGAAGCUAAAAAUAAUGAAUUCUUUUUCAUUAAAAUCAUAUUUUUAUAAUAUAUAACAAGAUAAUGCUAUAGUCCCUUGGAACAACUGCAUAUUGUUUCUUAUGCUGAUAAGCCAUUGAGCUAAUAUUAUAAGCACAUUUUUUACCUUUGUAUUUGACUCCGGCUUUAGAACAUUGCACGACAUGGGAAGUGAUUUUUUGCUGUAGCCUUAAUUUCACUAACAUAAUAAAUAUCAUUUGUUUAUAAGGUUUAUUUUCGUCUGCAUUUUAAAAUUAUUAAAAAAACAAACUUUGUCAUGUUUUUAGCUUGUUUUCAAAAUGUUUUGUCAGCUUUAAGUAGGCAUAUAGUAGAUUCAUUUACCAUCUGAAAUUGAUAUUGUCACUAUUAGAUAUUUUGUGUGUUCUUAUGGGGAAAGAAAUUAAUGAUUUUUGCAAUAUGGCUGAUGAUUUAAACCCCAUCAAAGUCUAGUGUUUGGAAUGUUAUGACUUAAGGCAUGUUUCUUUUAAAAUAAAGCAAGGAAUUUAAAUAUAUGGACCUAUAUGUUUAUCAAUGAAUAUUUAAAUCUUCAUGAGCAGCUUAAUGCCACUGCUCUGACUGAAUGAAUAUUUAAAUCUUCAUGAGCAGCUCAAUGCCACUGCUCUGACUGGCAUCAUCAAUAUAACUAUGUUGUGGUUCAUUAUUUAUUAACAAUAUUACUGUUGUAACGUUGUUGAUGCUAGUUUAAUAAUUACAUAUUUUGAAAGUUAAUGCUAGAGCUAUUGGUCCGACUAAUAUUUAUGCUAUUUAACAUCUACUUUGAAACUGCUGUCUUUCAUUUCUGAACCAAAAUAAUUCCCUUUUAUUUGCAUGGCUACUUAAUGUCAAAGUUAUUUCCAUUGUCAUUUUUUUUGCUCUUCUUUUUUCAUUGUUUGCAUUUAAUAGAUAACAUUAACCUAAGGAAAUAUUAAAUGAAAUAUUAGAAUUUAAAGUUCAUCGGAUGUUUUUAAAGUUUACCAAACACUUAUUAAUGUUAGUGUUAUAUAUAAAUUAAGCAUGAUUAAAGCACAAAAUUCUCACACACCUCUUUAUGCCUUUAUUUCAAAGUUUUAUUUGUCAAAUUAAAUACCCAUUUUUUCCCCUCCCUGUCACUUAUUAAAAUAUUCCAAACUUACUUUAAAAUUGAUUUAUUUCUUUGCUUCAGCUUCCUGUACAUCAUGCCGACCUUACUGCGUGUGUACAGUAACAACCAGCCCAACCCUGUCCUGAGGAAGGUUAUACACUUUGUGUGCAAGCAGUUCUACAUCCUGCACCGUAAACCUUUCAUCCUGCAAAUGUUUGGCAGUGUGGCGCCCAUUUUGGACAUGACCUGUGCCGCAGGGGGUGUCAAAAACUGUACCAAGGUAAAACUACACAUGAAUCAAAUUUUGUCUCAGUCAGUAAAUUAAUGUCUACUCAAAUUACAGUCAAAAUGUCUAUAGUAUGGGUCUGCUGAAAUAACAAUCAAUGUCUAUAGUAUGGGUCGGCUGAAAUAACAAUCAAUGUCUAUAGUAUGGGUCUGCUGAAGUGUGUGUUAUCUCUAGGCUAGACCAAAAGUGUAUCUUGUGAUACACUUAUUCCAUCUCAAGCAAUAUUUCAUAAUAAGGAAAAUCAUGAAGACCAUAAGUUUUAAAUAAUCAUUUAAUGAUCAAAUGUUCAUUUUGAUAGGUCCAGCCAAGCAAUCUGUUCAACUUACGUGAUGUAAUGUUCAUUUUGAUAGGUCCAGCCUAGCAGUCUGUUCAACUUACUCCUAGCUUUAGAGAAAGACUGCCCUGACCACCUCUCUGUCCUUGACCUUGUUGUUGGGGAGAAGCCACUCAAGGCAUUGGUAAAAAAUGUUUACUUAAAAUUAAAAAUAAAAAAAGGAUACUUGAUAUGUCACAGUAAAGAUAAUUCUGACAGUACAUUACUUGUAAUUGAUAUCCGGCAUAAUCCUAAAAUUCUGACAGUACAUUACUUGUAAUUGAUAUCCGGCAUAAUCCUAAAAUUCAUUUAGUUGAGUUCAAUAUAGCAGUGACAAUUUUUAUUUUUUUAAAGAAUAUUUACAUUUAACAAUGUUGAAUCGUAGGACUUCUGUUAUGAGAACGACCCUGACACAUUCAACAUGAUGGAUGUGGUCAAUAUGUGUGUGACGGUCAUCGCCUACUCUCCAGACUCCUUCCGUACUGGACAAAUGCUGGUAACAUUGAAACAAUUUUCUUGUCAGUAUUUAUAAUAAACAAAAUAAUCUUGGCACUUUGUUAAUGGUAAAACCUAGUAACCUAAUUAUUUGAUAAGAAUUUGACCUAAUUUGGAAGCCAUUUCAGUACCUAUAAAAUAGCAAAUAUUCACCAUUUCAACAUAGGAAAAAAAAAUUAGUUACCUUUCCAUAUUUGCAGUCUUCUUGAAGGUAUUCCAUUGAUGGUUUAAUACCAAUAACAAGAUUACAUUUUAGGUUCUCUUGGGGUAAGUUUGUCUUAAGUAUAACUUUUCAGAUGGUAAAUCUGCUCAAUUUAGUUUUAACUCGAUGGAUGUCAAACUUUAUGUUAUUUCUCUUGCGUUCGCUCAGACUAUAUUGGACAUGAUGAUCCCACGCUAUUUGGAACAUCUCAAAAAGGAGACUACAAAGAGAGACAACUCUGCGGCUGCCAGAGCAGAAGUGACCUCUAUAAUUAACUUAGCAGUGGCCAUCAGAGCGCUUGUCACUUGCUGUGAAUAUUUUGCCAGGUAAAUGGAGCAACGAUGAACUUUUUUCAACUAGUAAUUUAAGAUGGAAAUGUUUAUAAUUCCUUUCUAACCUAAAAUUCUUUUUAAAACUUUAAAAAUUUAAACUAGUUACAUUUUCUGGCAUGUCUGACGUGUUUGAAGUUUUUAAGUUACAUAAAUUAGUUUUGGUAUUAUUGAUAAAAAUAUAAGGGAAACUUGCCAACUAAAUGAACCUGUUUGUUACUUUUUGCACAGCCAACAAUAAGGGAAGAGUUUGAUGAGAAUGAGAGUUGUGAUCUCUUAUCUACAAAAUUUUGUUGAGAAUGAGAGUUGUGAUCACUUAUAUUACAAGAGUUUGAUGAGAAUGAUUGUUGAGAGGCAGUUGGAGAUAGCUUAUUGUGAUCACUUCUCUUCCAGGAGCAUGAGCUUACCUCAGAGGUUCCUGGAAGUGGCCAGUGUUUCAGGUUCCAAACCCGUUCACAACCACAGUUUACACUCUCUGACAGUUGAUGAGAGGGAGGACUCACAUGCCAGGUUAGCACUGGAGAUGCUUACAUUUUAUUUCAUUUUACAAAGUCAGCUAUUGAUGAUUUAAAGUUAUUAAAUUUCUUUUCUACACAUGGGGAAGUAAGUCAUUAAAAUAACUAUACAUUCAGUUCGGACAAUUUGUGUGUGUGGAGAUUUUUACUUAACAACAACAAACACCCAAAGAAUGCUUACGAAUAACGAGCAAUAGCUAUCACCAACAGUUAUCUAUGCUCCAAGUUAAGUAUUGUUCCUGAUGGCUUCAUGUGGGGAUCUAACAACUUACAAACAUUUUAAAUCAUACAACCAAACCAUUAAAACAAACUUAAAGUUUAAUGGGAUAUGCAAUUUAAAAUCUGAUCUAUAGUGAGUUUUUUUUUUUCCUUGUUGCGACUGGUUGCUCUAGAGUAGGUUAUUCUAUUCCUAGCCGCCAUAUGGAGGAAGGUCGCAGGAAAACUUAUGGACAUGAGCCUGAUGACCUUGAGCUACGAGAUGAUUUCCGCAAACCUCGAGAUUCCUUGCUUUCAUUGGCUGCUGAGUUUUAUACCAGGUGCCACAGUCGCUUGAAAGAGUUGCGUAAAAUCCUUGCCGACCCAGGCUUCAGACCCCCAGAACUGUUUGACAACAAGGCUCACAAUGUAAGCAUGGCUUAUAUGUAACAAUGUAAUGAACUCUUAUGUUAUAAAGUAAUUGAUAUUUUAUGUAAACAUAAUUUAAUUACAAAUUCUAGACAUUUGAUGAAACAUUUGUUUAGAAGCCGCACUAUUACUUUUUGCUGAUACUUAUAUAAGGCUAGUGAACUUUUCAUGAAUGUCUGACACAGUCAAAGUUUUAAGCUACAUAAAUUAGUUGUAACUAUGUAGUUUUAAAGUUUAAAUUUAGUCUUUUUCACAUCGCACUUGGGUUAUAUGACGACUCCAUUUCUUACAACUACGUCAAAUGUUUUGUUUUAGAUGGUUGAUAAAGUAUAUGACAUAAAGUAUAUGACACACUUUCUCCUAUUAUAAUUCUACAUGACACUUUUUGCGAUGUUUUAUUCAGAGUCAGAUUUCAUUUAUUUCACUGCCAUACGGGCCAUUCUCUCUCUCUCUCUCUCUCCUCCCCCCCCCCCCAAUUUUUUUCUCUCCACUCCUCAAACAGUCUUGUUAAAGGAACUUAGCCCUUCUCUUUAUUUAAACUUUCUGUUGACUCCAAACUAGAAAAAGGAUUAGUGUAUUUGUACUUAAUGUAAGUAUUUCCUGUUUAUUUUCCUGAUUAUGUAUAUCAUAACAGAGUUUAGAUUUAAGUGCAAAAAUUGUCUCCAGCCACUUAUGUGGAUUUUACAAAAAGUACAAUUGUACUUUCAGCGCCUGGCUGAAGUUGCACACACCCUGCUUAAAUUGGCGCCCUAUGAUCCCCUCACAAUGGCGUGCACUGGACUUCAGAGGUUUCUUUCAUUUUAUUGCUUGUCUUUUUUAAAAAAAAGUUUUGAAAUGCCACAAUUUGGGCUCGGAAAUGUUGUUGACAUAACAGUAAUAUUGAAAAUAUUUGUAUUUAUAUAUUAAAUAAUUUUUUUUUUUUAAACCGACAUUUCGACAGAUACAUGCUUGAAAUCUUGCCAAAUACUGAUUGGUCACAUGAACUCAUUAGGCCUGGGCUGAACCUUAUCUUACGGAGACUGGACCGCCUCUUCACUAAGAUAUCUAAGAAAUCAGCUUUGAGAGUAAGUGGAUUUGCACCAGUGAUUGUUGACAAAGUAGUUGAACACUUAAGAUAGUCAAAUAAGUUUGAUGGUUUACAGCUACUUAAGAUAGUCAAAUAAGUUUGAUGUUUUACAGCUACUUAAGAUAGUCAAAUAAGUUUUAUGUUUUACAGCUACUUAAGACAGUCAAAUAAGUUUGAUGUUUUACAGCUACUUAAGAUAGUCAAAUAAGUUUGAUGGUUUACAGCUACUUAAGACAGUCAAAUAAGUUUGAUGUUUUACAGCUACUUAAGAUAGUCAAAUAAGUUUGAUGUUUUACAGCCACUUAAGAUAGUCAAAUAAGUUUGAUGUUUUACAGCUACUUAAGAUAGUCAAAUAAGUUUGAUGUUUUACAGCCACUUAAGAUAGUCAAAUAAGUUUGAUGUUUUACAGCUACUUAAGAUAGUCAAAUAAGUUUGAUGUUUUACAGCUACUUAAGACAGUCAAAUAAGUUUGAUGGUUUACAGCUACUUAAGAUAGUCAAAUAAGUUUGAUGUUUUACAGCUACUUAAGAUAGUCAAAUAAGUUUGAGGUUUUACAGCUACUUAAGACAGUCAAAUAAGUUUGAUGUUUUACAGCUACUUAAGAUAGUAAAAUAAGUUUGAUGUUUUACAGCCACUUGGACAAAAUGAUCCCCAAUUAUCCUUUUUAAUCUUGUGGAUGAAUCACACCUUUUUCCAUAUAAAAAUAAAACAAUGUUGAUGAUCUAUUUUCACAGAGACAACUUGACUGGGAAGCAGCUGCCAAUAUACUAAAAGGUAGAUUUAACAAAAAUUUUUUAUUUCAGUGUGCAACUAUUGCAUUAGCAAGGCUCUGGCCAACUUAUUUUAUGACAACAUUUAGGACAUGUUAAUAUUAGCCAUAUUAAAGAAAUUUAAGAGCAAACAAUAUAUAGAUAAAUCCUCUCUGACAGGUGUUUACCAGACAUUGAGAAAGUUUUCCUUUGUUGCCCUGCUGCCUCAUCUGAAAGUAAGUAAUCAAGGAACAAAGCUUAAGUAAUCCUAACAAAUUAUUAUUGUUGGUUUUAUCAUAAAACAACUCAGCUUCAUUUUAUGACUGCAACUGGCCUUUAUUUAUCUAAAAAAAUAUUAUUUAAAAAACAAAUUAUGAAAUCACAGCAUAUCCAUAGCUAGAAAAUAUCCUAGAUUCCAAGUUUGUGUACAGUAAGACACUUCUUGUCUUUCCCUCAGACCCUGGUCAAUAUCCUGAUAACUAUCCUGCUGACCAGCACCGGCUCAAGCUCACUGCUACCCGAGUCUCUGACGUUCCCAGCUGGCAGUCACCGCAGUGAACCCAGCUCCUUACAAACAGAUGCUAGUCCACUGUUUGUCUCAUCUGUGGUCAAACUGGUUGCUAUGCAGAUGCAGGCUCUAGGGGUGAGUGAAUGCAGGCUCUGAGGGUGGGUCAAUGCAGCCUCUGGGGGUGGGUCAAUGCAGGCUCUGGGGGUGGGUCAAUGCAGGCUCUAGGGGGGGGGUGAAUGCAGGCUCGAGGGUAGUGCAGGCUCUAAAGGUGGGUCAAUGCAGGCUCUGGGGGUGGGUCAAUGCAGGCUCUGGGGGUGGGUCAAUGCAGGCUCUGGGGGUGGGUCAAUGCAGGCUCUGGGGGUGGGUCAAUGCAGGCUCUAAGGGUGGGUCAAUAUUUUACUCAUUGCAGAGGUUUGUAGAGCUUGGGCAGCCAUCCUCAACUUCUAGCACUUGCACUUAUUAAGGAAAGAAGAUGAACGUUAUUUGAUUUAUUCAUGAACAAGCAUGUGGUUCUUUCAAGGAUAGCAGUAAACUUGAACAGUGAGGUUGUGAGGUGCAAUGAACAACCAUCAUACAGCAUCAGGCAGUAUGCACCACCAGUAUGAGGAUUUAUUUGGGGGCAAGUUGUGGGAGGGUUGACUAGGUGCAAUGCAGGAGUGGUUUUUGUACCAGAAGGUUUUUAAAGACUUUGACAUGCAUUGCCUGCUCCUUGAUGUAGAGGUUAUCAGUAAACAAAUGACAGAUUUCAUUUGUGUAAGGUGCCUCGUAUACAGCUUGAGAACAUUAACUGUCCAAUUAUUUAAAUUAUAUUUUGUCUUUGAAAAGAUAAGAUGUUUUAUUUAGAAAAACUGAAAUGAUAAAAUAUUAAAUUUGUUUUAAAACUGAAUUUUUCAACUAAAGACUGAAAGAAAUGUUGCUAGGAUUCAACGGCAAUCUUGUGUAUUCAUGUAAACAUUGGAUGCUAUUUGAAAUUGUAUCAUUGCUGAAUGAUUUCAAUAACUUAUUGACUGAAUAGGAUCAGUAUUCAUUGGAGCAAAUCUGUGGAGGUGUGUCAGCGUUCUCAGCCAAUGAGAAGUCUCUGAACCUGCUGAUCAACUUCAUCCUACCACUUUGCAUCAGAGUAGGAUCUCACUGUAGAGGUAUGUCUCUCUGUCAUUUUGUUAACCAUUGACUUGACCAUUUGUGACCAUUGCUUGUUGUUAACCAGGUUGACUUGACCAUUUGUGACCAUUGCUUAUUGUUAACCAGGAUGACUUGACCAUUUGUGACCUUUGCUUAUUGUUAAUAAGAUUGGCUUGACCAUUUAUGACCAUUGUUUAUUGUUAACCAGGAUUACUUGACCAUUUGUGACCAUUGCUUAUUGUUAACUGGAUGACUUGACCAUUUGUGAUUAUUGCUUAACAAAAUUUCACCAAUUGAAGCAAACAUUAAAAUUAUUGAAAUAAGUUUACUUUGCUAGCAAAUUAAAUUUAAAAGUAUAAAAAUAUCUUACAACUUAUGGAAAAAAAUUUAAUGUUUGCCAAAUUGUCUUUUUAAUAAACUAUUUGACAGAUACACCACGUCUCAGCCAUGCCGACAUCACUUUUGUGUUGACUGUAAUCACCAAUCUGCUGAGCUCAUCUGUGUCCAGCCACUCCAACCAAAACACUGUCAACAAAUCCAACUACCUUUCUAUUGGAGAGUAUGGCAGGUGUGGGAGUGUCUCGCAUGCUGACAAAGUCACUAAAUACGCAUCAGAACUGCAUCACUACACGGCUUUGGUUGGUAAGUUCAUUCAGAACUACAUGUGCUAGAUGGAAAGUUAAUUCAGAACUAGAUAUUGCUAAGUUAAGAACUAAAUCACUACACUGCUUUUAUUGGUUGGUUAAAAUUCAAACAAAAUAGUUAUAAUAUAAAUGCUGUAGUGAAUUAUGUGUGGUUAUGUGUACACUAUGUGAUUAUGUGUACACUAUGUGAUUAUGUGUACACUAUGCUUUGUAUUAUUUAAAAUGGGGAUACGUUUAUUUUUCUACUUGGGAAUUUCUCAUGAGCUUCAUAAAAUUAAAUAUUACUGGAAUGACGUUCUAAAAAGUCUGUAUGUGUCUUCUCAUAUUUUAUGAUUGAAGAACUGUCUGAAAUGUCUUGGCCAAAUUAAUCAGAAACAGAUGUUUUCAUUCUUUAGAAUUUUUCUUAAUUUAGCUUUUUAUAAAGGAGUGGUUAAAAAAAUGUAUGUUUAAAUUUUUUGUUUGUUCAUCUUCUGAACCCAACUUUUUAUCUGCAGGACUUGAGAUCAUGAUGGUUUGUUUUGAUAAGCAGUUGUCAUCCCACUGGCAUCAGGUGGCUAAAACAAUUAUGUCUCUGGCCUCUAAAGGCAAAGGUUGGUCUGAUGUUUUAACUUUAGAGCAGUCGGCCUGGCCAGAAGAGCUUAGGGGUGGAUCCCACUUGCUUGGUGGUAACAGCCGGCCAAAGACAUUUGCUAGAUCAUUAGAGACCUGGUUGAGCUUAGGAUAAUUUGCUUAACCCAACUCAGGCUUUGAUGUACUGUCCUAGGACAUAUGCUUUGGUGCACUGUCCAAGGGGAACAUGAUGUGGUGCAAUGUCCAAGGUCACAUGCUGUGGUGCACUGUCCAAGGUCGCAUGCUGUGGUGCAGUGUCCAAGGUCACAUGCUGUGGUGCACUGUCCAAGAUCACAUGCUGUGGUGUACUGUCCAAGGUCACAUGCUGUGGUGCACUGUCCAAGGUCACAUGCUGUGGUGCACUGUCCAAGGUCAUAUGCUGUGAUGCACUAAGGGGCACAUGCUGUGAUGCACUGUCCAAGGUGACAUGCUGUGAUGCACUGUCUGAAGGGCACAUGCUGUGAUGCACUGUCCAAGGUGACAUGCUGUGAUGCACUGUCCAAGGUGGCAUGCUGUGAUGCACUGUCCAAGGGGCACAUGCUGUGAUGCACUGUCCAAGGUGACAUGCUGUGAUGCAAUGUCCAAGGGGCACAUGCUGUGAUGAACUGUCCAAGGGGACAUGCUGUGUCAUGCUGUGAUGCGCUGUCCAAGGUGACAUGCUGUGAUGCACUGUCCAAGGUGGCAUGCUGUGAUGCACUGUCUAAGGGGCACAUGCUGUGAUGCACUGUCCAAGGUGACAUGCUGUGAUGCACUGUCUAAGGGGCACAUGCUGUGAUGAACUGUCCAAGGUGACAUGCUGUGAUGCACUGUCCAAGGUGACAUGCUGUGAUGCACUGUCCAAGGUGGCAUGCUGUGAUGCACUGUCUAAGGGGCACAUACUGUGAUGCACUGUCCAAGGAGACAUGCUGUGAUGCACUGUCUAAGGGGCACAUGCUGUGAUGCACUGUCCAAGAUUGCAUGCUGUGAUGCAAUGUCUAAGGGGCACAUGCUGUGAUGCACUGUCCAAGGUGGCAUGCUGUGAUGCAAUGUCUAAGGGGCACAUGCUGUGAUGCACUGUCCAAGGUGACAUGCUGUGAUGCACUGUCUAAGGGGCACAUGCUGUGAUCCACUGUCCAAGGUGGCAUGCAUUGAUGCACUGUGUAAGGGGCACAUGCUGUGAUGCAAUGUCUAAGGGGCACAUGCUGUGAUGCACUGUCCAAGGUGGCAUGCUGUGAUGCACUGUCCAGGGUGACAUGCUGUGAUGCACCACUGUCCAAGGUGGCAUGCUGUGAUGCACUGUCCAAGGGUACAAGCUGAAUUCUUCAGUUAUGCUAGCUAGUGGAGCCAGCGCGUUUCAAAAUAUUUUUAAAGUAAAAGAACAGCCAUAAUUUCUUGAAAAUAUUUAAAUCAUUUUGUUUUUAAAAAAAUCAUCUACGAAGGUAUCUAAGAUUUUGAAUUUAUUUUCCGAAAGAUGGAGGAAAAAAUUAAUGAACCCUAAAGCUGUUAUUGUUAUUGAAAUAAGAAAACACCUUUUUUUUCUGGAAAAUGAACCUAUGAUUUUAAUUUCUAAUAGUGGAUCUACCGUUAUGGAAAUUCUUAGACUUCCUAGUAACACAUCGGCCAUCAUUGUUUAUUCUGCUGCAGACUUUCAUUCAGUUCAGGGUAAGAGAUUUUAUAACUUGAUGUCGUCAUGUAUAAAUCACAAGAAUCUGCACCUAUGUUUUGCAGCAGAUUAUUAUUAUUAUUAUUAUUAUUAGUGUGUGGUUUUAUAUAGCACGGUACCCCAGCCCAGGGCUGGGCUCACCACGCUGUACAUAAAAUUUAACAAACAUAAUCAUGAACUUAAAAAUUAGCAUACGUUAAUUAAAUAAAACAAAACAAAUGUAUAUUCACUCCAGACAUUCCAGAAGUAUUUACAACCUUCUUCAGUAGUCUCAUUAAUGAAAUAGCGAAAUGAGGUAUGUGGAAGCUUGAAAUAAGAUAACAGGACAAAAAAACAAUGACGUUUCUGGCAUAAAGCCUUCCUCAGCCAACAAUAGAAAUGAAAAUAUAAGAAAGAAAAGAGCACAUUUGACAACUCAAGCAGUAUCCAUUUGUGUCUCCGGAAGUGGGAACACAGGAAGCGAGAGAAUAUAAAUAUUGACACAGCAGUCUCAAUAAUUUUGUCCAGCAUCUAAUUGUUUAAAAAAUUGUCUCAUUAAAAUGAUAAUGCUUUUGAAGUAUGAUUCUUAGUUCACUCUGAAUUAACAUUGUAUUCUAACUUGAAUCUUCCAAUGUUAACAUUGUAUACCCAACUUAACUUAAUCUUCCAAUGUUAAAAUUGCAUUCCCAACUUAAUCUUCCAAUGUUAACAUUGUAUUUUAACAUAAAUCUUCCUAUGUUAACAUUAUAUUCUAACUUGAAUCUUUAAUAACAGUGUAGUCCAACUUGAAUUUUUCAAUGUUAACAUUGGAAGAUUAAUUGAAUUUUCUAAUGUUGACAUUGUACUCUUAAUUGGAUUUUCCAAUUUUAACAUUGUACUCUUAAUUGAAUUUUCUAAUGUUAACAUUGUACUCCCAACUUGAAUCUACCAAUGUUAACAUUGUAUUCUAACUUAAAUCUUCCAACUCAGAUGAUGCGUAUUAACUGUGACACAGCCCAAGAGUAUUACCUCCAGCAGACCAUCAAAGACAAGCUGCAAGGCUACACAUUCUCCUACCACAAGCCUGCGUCUGCCAUCCUUGUCAACCUGGCCAUUGAGCUGAGACAACUGAGAGACGAACUAGCUAACAGUUCAGGAGGUUUUUUAUUUCUUCAUCCCUUUUUGGUUGACUUUUAGGAGCUUUCACGAUUUGUUUUGGUCGUUUGUUUAGGCCACCAUUUUGUUCAUUUAAUGCACAGAAAGAAGUAGGCCAUUUAGUCCUUAGCGUUCUAAUUCCUAGUAAAUAGAGUUCAAAACAUUUCAAGAUGUUAAAGAGCAUGUUAAUUGCAGGUUAAUUUGUAAAUAUCAACAUUCUUUUCAAAAUUUGAGAAUUGAAUCAUACACAAAAAUAACCAAUAAUUUAAUACUUCAAAGAAUGUUUUCUUUUUUUAUUUUUGUUUUGCCAUAUUUUUUGUUUACUCAAUUUAUCUUUUAGAUCGCUAUUUAGUUUUUAUCACUUAUAUAGGAAUGUACAUUUAAUAGUGUAUACAAAUAUUUUAUUAUUACAGAAACAUGGUAGCUAGACUUAAGAUUUAAAUUUUUCUCUCAAAGAUAACUGAAAAACUAAAUAUUCUUUGUUUUAAGCUCAAAAUUUGAAGUCAUUUAUUGUAGCAUUCAAUUGAAAUUCUUCUAUUUAUAAUGAAGGGUCAAAAGUUUUUCAUGGAGAAAAAAUCUACUGUUUAAUCUUAAAUAGAAAUGUAGCGUUACUAAACGUUUUAAAAAGCCCAGCUUGUCAUAGUGUGUUAUGUUAGAUGAACCUCAUCAGGAGACAUGUUUGUUUCCAGCCUAUAGGUCCAGAGCUGCAACCUUUGCCACAGAGCACUCAGACUACUCUCAAACCCAACUGCCAGACAGGCUUCCAAAUGCCAGCAUGACAGAAAUAGCAGCAGAAAUUAUUGGCCCAACAAAAGCUAGUCACGGAUCUCUCAUAAAGCGAUCCAGCAAGGGUCAGUGGGGCACACAAUUAUGUUUACUUUGCCAAAACUGGUGUCCUGUAUCUUUAAUGAACUGUAUUUAAAUAAAUUUGCUUUGAUAAAAUUAAUAUAGGCUAGUUAGUUAUUUGAUACAAUUAUGAUUAAUUUGAUACAAUUAUGAUUAUCAUUUCUUUUCUAAAUUUCCGAAACUAAUUAACUUUUAAAGUUGAAGCCAAGUUUCCUGUUUGGUGAAAUAAGAAAAAUAGAUUUAUCAUGCUAAAGAAAUAGAUUUAUCAUACUAAACAAAUAGAUUUAUCAUAUUAAAUUUUUUUGUUCUCCCUUAUCUUUUCAUGUUUUAAGACAAAGGAAAUCUGGAAAGAUUGAACUAAAACUAUUAUCCAGUUUCAAGUAGUUUGUUUUAAUUUCAGCCACUCUCCUGUCACAGUCCAGUUCCAAUAGCGCACAGCAACUAUCCCAAACAACGGCUGCCUCUAAUGAGGCAAGUCCAUCGCUGCAGCGAACCAAGUCAAGCAAACGCAUUACGGCACGAGGUGGGAGCCGCAUACUUGACAAGUUCUCAAGGAAGAGUACAGUGGAUGAACCUGGAGGUUAGUGGCAGAUGGAAGCUACUCAAAACUUGAUCUGUUAUAAAAAAAAACAAAAAAACAAGACUGUAGACAUUUAACUAACUCAUACCAAAACAAAAAAACAAGACUGUAGACAUUUAACUAACUCAUACCAAAACAAAAAAACAAGACUGUAGACAUUUAACUAACUCAUACCAAAACAAAAAAACAAGACUGUAGACAUUUAAAUAACUCAUACCAAAACAAAAAAACAAGACUGUAGACAUUUAACUAACUCAUACCAAAACAAAAAAACAAGACUGUAGAGAUUUAACUAACUCAUACCAAAACAAAAAAACAUGACUUUCUAAUGUAAUUUUAGGCUUAACAGAAGUGCCAAGUGUUCUAAUUUUAAUUUCAAUAAUUAUUUUAAAAAAUGAUUCAAGAAUAGGCUUUAAUAUCCCAUCCCCCAAGUGGUGCAUAAAAUGAAUUUAAAAGUUUGGUCCAUAUAUUUUAAAGCAUUUUCUUUACAACCUUUAUUCCUUAACACUAUAUUCUUUGUUUCUUAACUAAAGCAGAUAUCUCUUUUGUUCUUUCCAAGAGAAAUAUAAAAAGAAACAUCUUAGUUUUUCAUUCUCUGAAAUGAACUGUUUUCCCACAGACAUGGCCCCUUCUCACUCUCCUUUGCUGCAGCGCCAAGGAACCAUCCGAUUCCGUGGAAGUUUGUCGAAACAGAAUAGUCAAGAAGUUGAAGGACCGAUGGCCCAGGUGGUUUAUGAAAAUGAAGAUGUGGAAGCCAAUGGGAGAGGUGAGAUCAGUGGACAUGUUGUAUGUAAGUCAUAAUAUGUUCAAUCACUAAAGUUUCUAUGUGCUGUAUCCAGAGCUGUCGUAUGGGCCCGGCAACCCCUGCGGCUGCAAGUUCCCUCAGAUAUUUUCUAUGUGCUGUAUCCAGAGCUUUCGUAAGGGCGCGGCAACCCCUGCGGCUGAAAGUUCCCUCAGAUAUUUUCUAUGUGCUGUAUCCAGAACUGUCGUUUGGGCCCGGUAACCCCUGCGGCUGCAAGUUCCCUCAGAUAUUUUAAGGGCCCCAACAUGUCAUUGAAAGUAUUUUAAUGAAAAACAUUUUAAAUUGCAUUUAAUAGAUACAGAUGAAAACUGAAAAGUUGCAUUGGGCCUCCAAAAGUCACACAAUGGCUAAGAAAUGUAAUAAUUAUUUUUGUUAAAGUUUCAACCUCAUGUCAGUUAUAAGAGUCAACUUUUCAACCUCAUGUCAGUUAUAAGAGUCAACUUUUCAACAUCAUGUCAGUUAUAAGAGUCAAUUUUGAAUUGAAGUUUGCUCAUGUCAGUUAUACAAGUCAACUUUUCAACCUCAUGCCAGUUAUACGAGUCAACUUUUCAACCUCAUGUCAGUUAUAAGAGUCAACUUUUCAACCUCAUGUUAGUUAUAAGAGUCAACUUUUCAAACUCAUGUCAACUUUGAAUUGAAGUUUGAUUUUACUCUACUAUUUUUAGAGAAUCUGAUUGUGCUGAAUCUUGAAUCACAUUAAUGUCAAACAAAGCAUUAAUUUCAAAAAAUAAAUAAUCCCUAAAAAAAGCAAUAAGCAGUGUAGGUUUUUAAAAUAUUAGGUCAGUAUCUGAUGAACAACCAAUUAAGUCACAGACAAUCAUUUAAGUAUUGGGUCAGUAUCCUAUUUAAUCUCAUCCAUGGAUCAUGAGGCUUUAAGUACAAGUCUUUAUGUAAACAUUCAUCUCUGACCUCUCUCUCCACACUUGACAACAGCAGGAAUGGCUGGUGAAGCAGCUGCAGCUCUUGCUUCAGGAGAAGAUCCCAGAGGUCAUCGCCUGCAGCGGCAGGAUGCCAAAAGCAGAAAGACGUUCAAAAUCAAAAGAACUAAGACCAAAACAUCGAUGCGGCCACGUUUUAUGUCUCAUCGCCGCCGACAUGAUUUUUAUGAUGCCGAUGGAGGUGGUGGAAAUGAUGACUCCCCGUCCCAUACAACUGUUGUGUUCCAUGACCACGGGAAUGCUUUUCAGUUACGCCGCCCCGGAGGAGGUUCCAGCAUGGCCCGGUCGGUUGAAACCAUUCCAGAGUCUGUGGAAGUUAAGGUAUAUCCAAAAGCAUCAAGAGUGUAAACUUGUUACCGUAUGUUGGUCAAACUUUAGCAUCAAAUACAAUUGAAUUAUAGCACUGAAGUCAAAGUUUCUGACUAGAAGAUUUCUUAAAUUCCAUAGGAAAAUAAGUUUAUGAUUGACAUAAUAGUUUCAACAUUGAACUUCUUGUUUUCCUUCAUCUUCAAGAAAUCAUUUUUUUUAAAAAGCAUCAUUUUAUUUGAAAUUGACAACAGUACAUUAAAGAAUAGCUGCGACAAUCCGUGAACUUCCCAUCUACUAAACAAUGGCAGCAGCAAUCCGUGAACUUCCUGUCUACUAAACAAUGGCGGUAGCAAUCCGUGAACUUCCCAUCUACUAAACAAUGGCGGCAGCAAUCCGUGAACUUCCCAUCUACUAAACAAUGGCGGCAGCAAUCCGUGAACUUCCUAUCUACUAAAGUUACUUGACAAAAUGUUCAUUUUAGAAAAACACUUUAUGAGAAUCCCAUUGAGUGCUAGCCACCUCAGGUAUGCCACCGCACACUUUUUUUCAUGACCCUGAACCAUAUUAAUAUUCUAACGUCAUGCCCCCUUUUACUCAUAGAUUAAUUACGUCAUAUUUAUUGAAACUAUUCCUGUAAAACAAAAGAAAAUAUUACGCACCAAACUUACUUGCGCCAUUUUAAAAAAUAUCGUUUAAAGUAGUCAUCGGAAAUUUUAUUUUGCUCAAUAUUGAACUCACCAUUCCACCAUACUUUCUGUGAUAAAUAGAGAAUCAUAUUGAUUGAUUGCUUGCAAUUUAAGCCAUUAAACUCUUCAUUAGUGCUGCCAAGUCGACUAAAUUCUUAUACCCAUAGGCUAGAAUAUUCAAUUAAAAAUGGCUAAAUGCUGCUAAAAUUUUUAGCUUAAUUUAUAG